UUUUUUUUGGUACGGAGUGAUUUCCUAAAAAUGUCUCUGAGUAACAUGCGACGGAAAGGAAGGUAUGUAACUAUUUCUACCCGUUGGUAGGUGUAUAUUGUAAGAACAAUGCACAAUAUCCAGCGCACUAACUCAUCCACUAAACAGCGGAUCACAGAUUUUAUUUUAUUUUUUUUAAACGGCUAAUCUAGGCAAAAAUAAUGGCACCUCAUUUAUGCAUGUUAAGGUGAGUGCAGCCUUCUGGUUUCAUAUAUUAUUGGAACAAAAUAUAUUUUCGAGCUUAGUGACCAUAAUCCAUUUAACUACAGCUUGCUAUAAGUAUUAACUUGGCCAACAAGUUCCUCUAUUGGUAAUUUAAUCUGAGGGAUUAUUAUUUCUGUACAAAUGAUAAACCACGAGGUCUGAUUGUGCACCUAUAUGGUUCCAGUUUGGUGUAUUGUAUUCCAUGUUUUGAGAAGACAUAAUGUAGUCUAUGUAAUUUUUGUCGUGUUAUACACACAUAGUGGGCAAAGUCUUUGUAUUUGUGUGUAUAUAAUUAUAAUGUGUGUGUGUAUAUAUUAUACACAAUUAUAUACACCUACAAAUACAAAGACUUUGUCCACUAUGUGUGUUUAACAGUAUAUAUAUAUAUAUAUAUAUAUAUAUAUAUAUAACUUUAAUUUUCUUUUUUUCUUUUCCAAACUGCAUUUUUUACUUUACAACAUUUGUUUAGUUCAAUAGGGCUGGCACUAAAUAAACUGUGUUUUUAUAUGUUGGCGUAGUGUAUGUAAGGAUAAGAUUGUGAUGCUGCUGUUCCUAAUUCGUCUUGUGUGGGGGAAAAAAAUAUCUAUACACAAAAACCAUAUAUUUACUCUGAUAAUGUGAAGCAUUGCCAUUUCUGAGAAAUGUAAUGUUUACAUGUGGAUUAAAUUAUGCCUCUAGAGACAACCAGCCAGCAGAGCACCUUCGUAAGACCUUGCACCCUUCUACUUUUGAAAGAUUUUGCAUUCGGCAUCCGUCAUACACUGCUUACUGAUGGAGAACAUUGCUAGUGCCUCUCAUAAAGAAGCAUUGGAUUUAUUACUCUUUCAAAUUGAUAGAUCAUGACAAUUGCAGGGAGUUGUGUUCUCAACCAUAUUAUCCUAAAUUUUCACAAGAUAUGGAACUCUUGGCUAAAAUAUUGUACUUUCCACCCUUGACUCACUAAUACCAAAUAUAGAUUAUUCAGGGAUGUGGAAUUUAAAUCACUGGACAAGCAGUUUUCAUAUUCUUUUGGCCCUGUGGUGGGAGAAUUUGUGUAGUGAAAGUACAGACCACCAUUGCCAAAAGCCGGUUAGGGGCUGUAGUAGACGCCAGGCAUGGAAAGUGUGAAACCUAGAAUGUGACGGCAGAUAAGAACCAAGUCCUUGGCCUUAUCUUAUAGUUAGGAUAGCCUUAUGCCUAUCCCAUGCAUGCUUAAACUCCUUUACUGUGUUAACCUCUACUACUUCAGGUGGAAGGCUAUUCCAUGCAUCCACAACCCUCUCAGUAAAGUAAUACUUCCUGAUAUUAUUUUUAAACCUUUGUCCUUCUAAUUUAAGACUGUCCUUUUGUUGUUGUAGUUUUUCUUCUUUUAAAUAUAGUCUCCUCCUUUACUGUGUUGAUUCCCUUUAUGUAUUUAAAUGUUUCUAUCAUAUCCCCCCUGUCUCGUCUUUCCUCCAAGGAAGCCCUCCUUUUUAAUGUUUAGAUUUGAUCAUUCGUUUUCACUCUGUUUAACAUGUUGACUUAAAAUAAUACAUUCCCUGGGGUUUUAUUUGUAGGAUGUAGUUAUUCUUGUACUAAUGCUGUCACAUCUUCACCUCUUUUUAUAGAGCUGUGCAUAGUGUUAACAAGACAAUGUGUUGUUAGAGUUGUGAGUGUGUACAACGUGAUCAUGAUACACGGUUACUGUGUUUUUAUUAAUAAAAAUAGAGUAGUGCGUGAAACCGUUGAGAAAAUAUUUAACCACUGAAUUUAGUUAAAUCCUCAUAAUACACUAUAAUGUGCUGCUUAGUUGGCAUUUGCAGCUGAAUGUAGCCCAUGUAUUAGGGGCUAAAUAUUUAGUGAACCUUUUAAUCCAGCAUCCAAUUUCUCAAUUUCUGUCCCUUCACUUACUAUGUGAGUCUUAAGGAUUAGCGGAGAAUGGCUCCCAGGAGCUCCUCGCACCAUAUCAACAUAAUUGCAAUUAAAUUGUAAUGGUGCACAAAGUGGUACAUUUUGGAAAUAAGCAUGCUUGCUUUAGAUCUAGCCCCCCUCGCCACCCACAUACACGCACUUUUUUUUUUCCCCUUUAACCAUUAUUUUGGCUUAAAAUGUUCAAAUAAUUUGUAAAUUCACUGCUUAAUGAAUAGGCACCUAUAUGAUUUGAAGGGAUUAUGGUGCUUGUAGUUUGUAUGUUCAGCAAUUGUUUGAAAUAUUGCUCUUAAAUAGUUAAAGCACUUUGUUGUAGGGAUCGACCGAUUAUCGUUUCGGCCAGUAUUAUCGACCGAUAUUCAGUAUUUUGGCAAAUAUCUGUAUCGACCACUAUUGAUAUUGAUAUACAUUGCCGAUAAUGGGAGAGGCGGCGGUGGCCCAGGGCACGCAGGGCUGGCGCGUCCAUGGGGCGGCAUAGACGGUCGUCUAAGGGCGCAGGAAUAGAGUAAUCGGCAGGAAGGAAACGCACAGUGCUCCUCCCUACUAGUCACUCAGUGUAGCGUGGUUGAGCGGAGCAGAGGGGACUGCAGUACAGGAGCUUCAGUUUCACUUAGAGAGCACUUCCUGUCAGUCCAGCCGGGUACAAGAAACUGAAGCUCCUGUACCGCGGUUCUCUACGCUCGGCCGUGCUCCAAGAGGGGUAAUGAGACACACCAGGGAGGAGAUAGGACCACUAAAGUAGUGGGGGGAACAAAAUGAGAGGGAGGCAGAGGAACACACAGGGACAGGGAAGGGAGGGGAGAGGAACAUUAAAUAUUAUUGAAAACAUUAAAAAAAUUCUGACUGACAUGUAUAUUUUGUGCAUAUACCACUUAAUAAAAAAAAAAUGAAAUAAACAUUUUCCGUUAACCGAUUUGUGUACAAAUUGUUUCUUUUUCCAAAAUGUUAAAUAUACAUCUAUGUAAUGUAAAUGUAUCGGCUAUCAACCUGAAGGUUAACAGAUUAUCUGUAUCCUGUCUAUAAGCUCACUAUCGGUCGAUUUACAUACAAUAUAAGGUGGAGACUCUUCUUAUUAUAACAGGUAAUCAAUAGUAGGUAGUCCUUUUAUACCUUGAGGCCCUUAGACUGUGGUGCCUUUAAACUUUGACUUUUUGCACGUGGUUGCCUUUUAAACUUCUUUGCAGGCACUUUUGUUAUCUAUUUUGCUUCCCCUCGGUCCCAGUGAUUUAUUCCCGGUUCCCUGGGUGUUUAGGGGCCAUGUAGGCUUCAGACAGAGUCCUCUCCCUGGUCUCUAAACAGCAAACACACUCGGAAUAGGCCCACAUGUGUCAUGUCAUGUGUGUUUGCUGUUUAGAGAUCACUCACUGUUGCACAAGUCAACCCCCUAAGCCGGUCCUCUCAGACCUCCCUGUUCCCAUCCCCAUUCUAACUUAUUUAUUUUUGUUUUUUUAAUGGGGCGGGGCAUAUCACAGUAAGAUUUAGUUCAUCAAACAGUGCUUUAUUAAAAUUGUUCUGUACUUGCUCCUAUACGUUUCAAGAGCCAAACUGAUAUUCUAUGUUUUUAAUUUAUUUAUUUAUUUUAUUCCCUUUCUUAGAAGCACUAAGCCAAGUCUUGCCAAACCUGUGGAUGUAAAAGACAAUACUGAGAAGUAUUGCCCGGUCACGGUGAAUCCUCGGCACACUAGGAAAGCAUUCAAAGUUAUGAAUGAAUUACGAAGGUAAUUGUUUUCUUGCAUUUUAAUUUCUUUGGGAACCUACAGUGCAAGUGCAUCUUGGGGCAGCACUCAGUGAUUGUGUUGUGUGUAUGUGUUCUCUCUAAUUUACCGUAGUAAUUCUUUUUUAAGUGAUCAACUCUAGUAAAUUUGUAUGUCUGCCAUUUUGUUGAGUUAUAAAAGUGGCUUAGAAAAUAUGUACGUUUCUUUCCAAGCCAGUUUUGUGAAUCACUGAUUAGCUGAGCGCGUCUGUGAAUUCUUCAGCUCUCAGCCAAUCUGUGGCAUAGAAUGCCAGAAGCCGAAUGUAGCCUGGGGGGCAGCCGAGAUUGCCACUCGAGGUAGCUUUGGGGUUGAACAGUUUGAAAAUUGUUUAACCCCUUGAGGUAAGAGUGCACCUUGGGUGUGGGCAUCCUGACACCAUAACUUUAUUUAGAUUGUUGUUUUGGUACCUGGAGUGUCCCUUUAAAUCCACUUAUUUUGUUAUAUACCAUCAUAGAUUGUGCACCUUGCAAUAAUUUCAUCACUAUCUCCACUUUAAUAGGUUAAUCAUUCAUAUUUGGAGAACAACUUAAAUUGGCUUAAAUAUCUUUGUUUAAAUUUGCCCUCUUAUCUGGAUCACCGCUAGGCACCAAGACUUAUCUGAUGCUAUGUAAUGCAGAGCUGCAGAAGCCAUAUAUGGAUAUCCCUGGUCAUUCAUUAGCUGAGCACUCCCAGAAUGACUCCCAGUGCCAAGAAUAUGCACAGAAUUGAUAUUGGCUAGUCUGGAACUCUUGAUGUGCAGAGUUUCAUAUUGAAAAGCUUUAACAUGCAGACUGCGUGGAUGGGCUUAGCUUAAUGGAACUAACCGUUUAUCAAAUUGUUUUUAAGCAGUUUGACUAUUUAAUCUGGUUCUUUUUUCUUUGCAUGUUUAUAUUGUAUUGUUUUUUUUUUUGUUGUGGUUUUUUUUUUCCUCAAUUGUACAGCGCUGCGGAAUAUGUUGGCGCUUUAUAAAUGCCAUUAAUAAAUAAAUCUGGGAGGGCACCUGGCACAAUCACUACUGCAGACUAUAAUGGUUAUGUUGCUUGGAAUGUUCUUUUUUAAAAGCAUAAUUUGUUACAUUUAAAAUGAAGAAACAGAAGGGUGGGGUAGAGCCAAAUAUGUCCUUAGGAAUAUGUAGAAUAAUAAAGAAUUAAUAGUGUAGUAUGUAAAAUACAUUUGGAAAAAGAUGAUAAAAAUAAUUCACUCACACUUUUUGGGAGCUUAGGUGCAGCUCCGACUUUGGCGCUUAAGCGAAAUGAUCCCUCCUAGGGAUAAUAUGUGGUCCACAGGUCUGAGAGUAGUCCUUUUAUUCCACAUAUUUCGAAGGACAUAUUUGGCGCUACACCCUCCUUCUGUUUCAUCUUUAUCUCUUCCGGACAAGAGAGGCCCUGGAUUUGUUGACUGAGCUGCCUUUUGAACUAUACCAGUAAUCUAUAAGUGCUGAAUUCUCCCUCUGUUUUUAUUACAAUUAAAAUGCUUGUUGGAAUUGUCCUAUAUUAAGCAAAUAUCAGAUACUUCUCAUUCAGCUGCAUUGGGAAGUCUGUGACUUGACAGCUACAGAACGUCUGGACUGGGUAAGAAGGAGGAGGGCUUACAAAGGAUUCAGGCAAGAGAUCUGCAGCUUUUACAAGCUGUUGUAUAUACCCACAUAGAAAACAAAAUCCAGAAUUAAAUGCAUGCUCCUUUCCCCCUGCCCUCUUCCUACAUCCUGUCUUCCUAUGGAGAAAAUCUGCACUGCCGGACUUACCUCACAGCAGACUUUAGAAUUUCUGGCUCUCCGUAGAAAGUAGUGGAAGCGUGGAGCGGCACCUUGCGGACACCAGAUAAGAAAUCAAACUGUUCUUAAACAGUGUGACUACUUAUACUGGGAUAAUGCCAGAGCACUCCUGGCACCAUAACCACUACAGCACUAUCUUUAUAAUGCUUGGAGUGUUGCUUUUAAUGUUGUAAUUUAAUUUAAAAAAAAAAGGUAAGGUAUAAACUUUAAGAGUGUAGAAAUUAUGGCGAAAUGAACACCUGGAAAGAGUGCCAAUGCCUUGAUCCCAAACAAACAUCUCAUCAGAAGAGCUUUGACCACUAUGUGUAAUGUUUACCUCUUCGAAAAAUGUCCACCUAAUGCCUUAAUGUGCAUCUGUCACAUAAUUCUACUCAAGUAUUCAUCUUUGUGCUGUUUGCAGAAGCUAGUUUAACUGUCAGACACUCCUUUUUAAUUGAAAGAGAAUGCAUUGUUAAAUCUUCUUGGAUUUAUAAAUGGUUUAAUACGAAUUGUGUUGUUGUCCUCCCCCCUUUAUUUUGGGCUUUAUCCUUUGCCUCCAGAGGCAAACUAACACAAUUGGGAAAGUUCUCCAAAAAAGCUUCUCUACCCCUUGUUCUUUUAAGUAGAAAGAAUUGCUGAGGUGAGCAUGCAUUUCAACCUAAAUGAGGCUAUUUGCCUAAUGCUAAUUUCAGCUUUAUAGUGUUUUUACCCAUUUUCACAAAGACAUUCAAAGUGGAAGUAGACAUUUAGGCUUUUCUAAUAGUUACUCUGUAUCGUAACAUAUUUGUUUAUUUUUAAUUCACAGUCAGAAUCUGCUGUGUGAUGUGACGAUCGUGGCUGAAGAUGUGGAGAUUUUGGCUCAUAAGGUUGUGCUGGCAGCCUGCAGUCCUUACUUCCAUGCUAUGUUUACAGGUAUAUUUUGACCCGGCUUUCCUUUUUGCUGAAUUGUUUUGGUGAACUUUAUGAUAAAACCUUGAUGGUUAACAUUUGGCACUUCAGUUGAUGAUUAGAUGCUUGGCAAGCAGUUGAGCAUCAUGGGAAAUACUGUCCAUGACAAAUGAUAUGCCAAAGUUUUGCCUAUUAUCUAUCAAGUUGAUGGUAUUAAAAAUAAAUAAAAGAGAGAGAAAAUGACCAACCACAGGAUUUUAGUCCUAUCAUUAAACAAACUGUAUAGAUAAAAUGCAUAACUCCCCAAAAAAAUAAACCUACUGUCACUAAAUGCCGUUUUUUCAUUCAUAGUGUAUACAAAUGUGCUUUAGAAGGUACCUCUGUUGUAAUCUUUAUUUGAUCAGAUUUUUUGCCCCUCCUCUGAUUGCAUGUCAUUUUCUCUUUGCUUUUUCCCUGCUUCUUGUAUUUCAGCUGGACUGCCCACUAAUGGCCAUGCUCCUGUGAUUCUCUGAGAAUCCGUAAUGAAAAGUCUAUGUGGGUGUGCUGGAGCUUUGUGAUGCAAUUUUGCAUCAUUCAACACAUGCCAACAAUGCCUGUCAAGAAGUACUUCACCUGAGUUAGGCUAUAACUUGCAUAACACAUUACACACACAAACAUUUACUCACCAUAUUAGGUAUCCUAUUGUGUCAUAUGUUUAUUAUAAAUAUAUAUAAAGAGACUGAAAACUCAUGAAUACCUAUAGAGCUUUAAAUUUCUUUCAUUUAAGCUUGACUUUCUUAGCUGCCUGUAGUGUCCCUUUUACUCGACUCAAAGCAGGACUUGUUGUUGUUGUUGUUGUGUUUUUUUUUUUUCUUUGCUUCAGUAUUUUUAUUUACUCCUCAUUUUUGAAUGCAAUGUAAAAAAAAAGUUACACGAAACUGCAUUUUAUUUCUAUCCAUUUUUUUACAUGCUUAAAUCCUCAUUGAUGAUGUAAAAUGAAUUUUUAUGCCCAAGUGUAUAAAUUCUUGCAGCAUUCUCUUUUUUAAGCUUUUUUUUUUAUUUCCCUUAUUGUGAAUUGUGAUCUAUUUCCUGUGUUAGAACAACACAGGGUGUGGUGCAUCUUAAGCCAAUAAUAGGAGGCUGGUAUUUUAUGGAUAAUACUGUUUGCUGGCAGGUGAAUAUUCCUUAGGCUAGUCAACAUUUGAACUGCUUAAGUUUGUAUUUCACAUGUAUUACAUAUCUUUAUUGCUCAAUAACAGUGGGAAGCAUUUGCAUUUUCUUUGAGACUCACAAGCAAGAGUUUUAAAGGAACAUAAUUAGUUUUGUUGCUUCAUAACUUUAGAUUAAUGCCUCCUUUAAAAAUAAAAAAUAAAAAAUCCACCACCAUAAGGAACUCUCACCAAAAAUGUAUCUACUGUUUAUAUUAAAUGCAUUGGACUGUCAUUCAAAUUCUAAAGCAAACAACAUAUAUCCUAUACCAAGUACAGAUUAUUUUGUUUUAUGGUAAUGCCUGAGGUUGAGAAAACUUGACAAAGGGCAGAGCUUUUGCUGUCAUGUUUUGUCAUCUUAGUCGUCUAACUCAUCACAAGUCAUCUGUGGUGUACUCUUGCCAUGCCAUGAAGUGCCAUGAGGUCAGGAGAUGAAUGAAUUUGGCAAAGCACCAAGUGGGAUAGUUUCUGGUAAGUAUUAUUCUUUUCUAGUGCAGCCUCAUCAUAAGCGGGGAUGUCUCCAUUGCUAGUGGUUGCACACUAUGUAAUGACAAGUUGACAAAGCCACUUAGACUUUCCUGUAAUUUAGAGCCAUGACAGACUCUUCUUCUAAAGCAAAGCUGCCUUCUGUGAAGUCAUCAACUCUGACUUUUUGAUCUAGUCGCAUGCUUCCUGGGGAAUCAUUGAGGCCAAAUGGUGCAUGCGUUCCACUUCCUGCUAUCGCCAGUCCAGUGCUUCUCAUAGAGAAACAUUGUGCUUGCACAGCUUCUGACAUCCGUAUACUUUCCAUGCUAAUGCUGGAUGUCAAAUUCAAUAUUUAAAUCUGUUUUGGUCUGGACCCUAUAUUGAUUGUUUGUAUGACAGAGACUUGUAUAUGUAAUCCGUUCUCAGAAACUAUAUGGUUUUAGCUUUUAAGAUUUCAAUGACCGCUGUUAAGCUCCAGAAUUACUUAAUCAAAUUUUGAUGCUUAGACUAUCAGUUUAACCUUAAGGACACGGCUUCAGAAGCUGAACAUACCCUUAAGGUUUGUGUUCAACUGCAACUUGCAUCUCUUUCAUUUAUUGUACCAACACAUAUUAUAUACUGUUUUUUUAGACGACAAAAAGGGCUUUAAUUUGAUUUGACAUGUACAUAUAUAAAUUCUAAUUUAUUGCAAAAUAAUUGGGGGUGGGUGGGGGACAACAAAAAAAAUGCAUUUUUUUCCAAGUUUUGGCAAUAAUAACGUGUGCAUAAUAUGUCCAGCUUAGGAAAAGUAAUUGAAAAGCAAUUUAUUUAUGUGUCUUGAUUUACAGAGUACAUAAUAUGUGUAGGAUUUCAGUAGAAGUUGGUAUGUUUGUCUUGGAAGUUUAAUACCCAUCACAGAAAACACAAUUGCCACACAAAAGUAUAUAUUUAUAUAAUGUAGGCAUUACAGGCUAUUUACCUAAGGUUAUUUUGACACUUUAUUUUUUUUCUGCUUAAUAUUGGAGUAAACUUGUGUUUUUUCUCUAUUUUGGCAUAUACACAUAUAACAAGGUUGUUGUAAUGUGUAUUUCGUAAAGCUGGUGUGUGAUAUCCCUGUACAAAACCCCAUAUUGUGUUCAGCUACGUCUGCUGAGUACAACGAUACCCCCAUUGUAUACUUUUGCCACUAUUCUGUGAAGCUACAAUGCCAUAUAGUAGACCAUGCUAUUUUAGUUUCUAUAGUUGGAAUUUUCAUAGUUGGUCAUAUGUCUCAUUUUGUGGCAUUAUAGCCAUUUGACUCUUCAAAUAAUCACACAAAGGCCUUCCAUUUGAGAAAGCAGACACUCCAGGGUAUCUUAGCACGCUGCAAUAGCACACAUAAAAAAAUGCUUAUUACCACUACACUUGGUACAAGCUAGCGGAAAAAUGAUUUUACGCUAAGGUUCAAAAUAUGCCUUUUGAAAUACCCUUGGGUUUCUUCUUUAAGAAAUGGUAUGCCUUUAUGGGGUUAGUUGGAAUAAUUAACCUACUAAAAAACUCCAAACUGGGGUAUGGACCCAGUGUAAAAAUUCUAAGUUUGAAAAAAAUUUAAAUGGCUGUGUCUCAAAUGUGCCCCUUCAACGUCCACAUAUACUUGGCAAAGGUACAUACGGCGGUAUUGCUGUACUCAGACAAUAUAGAUGAGCAAUAUAUAAAGUACUAUAAAGCCAUGGCACACAUAAGGUUUGUAAAAUAUACAGUAAAAACUUGCUGUGUGUGCCAAAAAGGCAGAAAAAAUGCUUUUUACCACUACUCUUGAUACAAGCUAGCGGAAAACAGAUCCCACGCUAAGGUUCAAAAUUUGCCUUUUAAAAAACCCUUGGGUGUCUUCUUUAAGAAAUAGUAUGCCUUUUUGGGGUAGUUGGAAAAAGCAGCCUGCUAUCAUAUUUCAAAAUAGAAUAUGAACCUAUUAAAUCCUUCCAUGAAAAUUAAAACUUAAAAACCUGAACUUGUCACGUCUCUUUUACAGCACUGUUACUUCACAAAAUAGUGUCUAGGUCAUACAUUGGCCUUAUUGUUUUAUUCCGAAUAGGUAUCUGAGCAUACUUAGGGGGAAUUUAUGACAGUGGCACUUAUCGUAUGUACGAACCCAGCAAAAUGCAACAUGUAUGUAAAAAAAUUUUUUUUUAAAAUGCCACAAUAUCUUAUGUGUAUAUGCCAAAAUAGAGAAAAAACACAAUUUUACUCCAAUAUUUAGCAGAGAUUGGCGGUGAAAUGGCCACGUAAAAAGUGUCAAAAUAACCUUAGGUAAAUAGCCUGUGAUUAUUAGGUGAGAUUACUUAAAAGUAAACCUUUUGGUUAGAGAAUAAAUAAUGGCAAGGCUAAACCACUCUACUGGAAAAUAAAGAGACUCCACUAAAAAUCCCUAAUGGUGCAAAUAGAAGAAAAAUUAUUAAAUAAAAUUUAAUAAGAUAUCCAGGAGGAGUAUAUACUACUCCUGGAUAUCUUAUUAAAUUUUAUUUAAUAAUUUUUCUUCUAAAUAGCCUGUGAUGUCUACUUUUAUAUAAAUAUAUACGUUUGUGUGGCAAUUUUUAUUCUGUGAUGGUAUUAAACUUCCAAGACAAACAUAGCAACUUCUAAAAUAGUUUAACAUUGAAAUUUCAUUUUAGACCUUGUAGUUUGUGACCUGUAACUUUCAAAAUAAACUAAAAUCCUACACAUAUUAUGUACUUUGUAAAUCAAGACACACAAAUUAAUUGAUUUUGAAUUACUUUCCCUAAGCUGGGCAUACUAUGCACACAUUAUUGCCAAAACUUGGAAAAAUUAUUUUCCCCUCCCCAAAAAUUUUUUUUUUUUUUUUUUUUUUUUAAUAAAUGAGAAUUUAUAUAUGUAUAUGUCACAUCAAAUUAAAUACUAUAUAUAGGUUUUGGUACAAUAAAUGAGAGAUGCAAAUUGCAGUUGAACACAAACCGCAAAUAAUGCAAAAAUUGCUUGUCCAGCUUCUUAAGCUGUGUCCUUAAGGGGUUAACCAUUUUUCAUGCUAUGUUAUGCUCUGUUUUGUUUCAAAUGUAAAUUGAUAUCACAGUCCAGUUCAGUCCUGGCACAGCCAGGCCCACAUUGCAAUGAAGGAGGAGAUACAGAACACUGUUUGUUUCACCACCUCCACAUACUAUGUUCAAUGACUGGUAGCCAAGAUGGAGCAAGUCAGUUCCAGAAUAGUGCUAUUCUGCUUUUAAUUUUAUUUUUUGGGCCUUCCAAAUACAAUUGUUAAAAUAUUGGGCAAAUGUGCGAUCAAAAAUAUAGUUACUUGAGGUUUGCCACCCUCGAAAGAAAUAAUCUGAAAAACACUACAAAUAUAUAAUUAAUGUUGCAUAAUCUGCCCAAUAUAUUUUGGAGUUGGUUUAUUUUAUGACCCUGAAAAUAGGCAACACCAUAGUUUGCAGUAAAGAUUUAUCAGUCUGUGGAUUGUGUGAUAGAGAAGGCUCCUGUAACGGAGCUCCUAGUACCUCCGUUGAUGGAUGCUCCUAGUGCUUCCCGAGGACUCCAAGCACUCCACUUGACACCAUCGGCACUGCAGACCGAACCUCUCUUCCUGCAGAGAGCGAAGCUGGAACAAGCUCUUAAAAGAGCUUAGUGAUUAUAGCCAAGGGAAUAGGCAGAGCAUAGCAAUCCCCAGUGUAAAUGCAGCCUUUUCCCCCCACACAUGAGAUGAGGCUCUAUGUUGAGGGUAAAACAGGAACUCAGCAGUCUGAGGGUUUAUUGGCACUUAUAUGCAACCUUUUACACAAUGUUACCACCCACAUGGUUUUGUGGCACAGCCAAUCACACGUACAAUAUAGUUAAUAUAGUUAAAUUCAUUCCAGCAAAAUCCUCUCCUCUGCCUGUGAUAUAAUUACUGUACACAAUGGGUUAACAUAAUUAUCACAGGCAGGAAUACAAUAUUCAUAAAUCACAAAAUAUACAUACAAUCUCUAAAAAAAGCAGGCUUUCCUGCCCAAAACCGUUCCAUAGAUUUGGGCGGUUGGUCAAUUUCACUCAGAAAAAAAGUCCCAUUCGAAUGCAUGAACGGGGCACCGUUCGUGCAAAUGGCUUAUUAUACUGUGUUUUCGAAUUGUCGAACGGGACUGUGUUUUCAGUCGAAGUGGAGGAGAAGGUAAGGGUCAGCGGCGUUCAUGCAAAUGGGUAGCCGAUUUUAGUUCCAUGGAUUUGGAACACACCGCUGACCGCGUUCGACUAAAGAUGGCCGCCUCCACGUGUUAUGACUACACGAACAGAGGCCACCCAGUGGUCGGCAAUUAACCUGCGGUUAACAGCCAGCCUGAGAGUUAAAUUAGCCACACACUUCCACUUGUGUGGUCCGCCUGUGCAGUACUUGGUUUGGUAAGCCCCAUUUACCGAACCAAAUAGGAAAAUGACAUGUACAAAGUAGUUUAACAGUCCGGGGACACUGGGGACACAGUUUUAAAGGGACAUUGUCACAAAAAGUCAUAACAUGUCCAUAUACUGUUUUUAAAGGGCCAUACACCCCAGGGCCAUAAUCAUGAGGAAGGAGGCUGGCAAUCAGGCUUCUCUAUAAGCCAGGGGAACAGGGUAGUUUGUCAUAUGAAAAACCAGUGACAAGAGGCCUUUUGUCACAGCUCCCUUUGGGGAGCUAUAUAUUAAAUCUAUGCAUGAUACUGUAACAGAUUAUGUUUGGGAAACCCUUGGCUCAGAAGAGAAAGGAAUAGGGAUGCACCGAAAUGAAAAUCCCCCCCAUAUGAUUUGUGUAGGUUAUAUAGUUUGUGUAUGGAAUAUAGUGAGGUAUGGGAAAGGCAUGUAGUGUGUAUGUGUGUAGGUUAUAUAGUGUGUGUAGGGAACGUGGUGUGGUGCAGUAAAAAGAUGUGGUGUGUGUGUGUGUGUAGGUCACAAACACUUGUCAAGGUUAGUGUUAAUAUUUGUGUGUGUGUGAAAAAUGCAAAAAACUAAUUUGAAUGCUAAUUUUGGCCAGUGUGUGUGACUAAGUGGCUACUUUUGGCGCAAACUUUUUUUUUUUCAGAUAUGCUUGAUUGUAUUUAAAUAGUAGAAUAGUUUGUGCCAAAAAAACUUUAUUUGUUUACAUAUGCACUGCGCAUUGCUAUAGCAUUAAUUACUUUAGAGGCCUUUUUUAUACGUGCUCCAUCUUAAGUGUGUUUGGUAGGUGUUUCCUUUCCCCUUCCUUUUCAGAUAUGCUUGAUUGGAUUCAAUUAAUUAUGUGUUGCAAGCAAUUGCUUUCUUUUCAGAUGUAUUUCAUUGUAUCUAUGUUUUUAAUUGGCUAUGAAGUCUCCUACAUGUUUUGUAUCCAUACAGCGAUUUGGUGGGUGUAUUUAAUUUAAUUCCAUUGAUUGAUGUGUAACGGCACCCCCAGGCAUAAAAGGGGUUAACAGCCGUUUAGGAGAUAUUCCCUUCCAGAUAUAGAGGCAACUACUGUAUACACCAAUCCACCGAACCGGAGAAGCAUACGAAUGCUCUCAAACAUAUGAAUGCUGUAAACAGCUGAAUAGGAAAAACUAUACGAACAGUUUACACUCCUGGCAAUCGGUCUGAAACAGCAUCAAUCCAAUUUCCCCAAUAACAAGACGACACUUCGUUUUGAGGUUCAGGCAGAACCAGCCAGAGCUGUGGGUUUAUUGUUCUUAUAUACACAUUCUUACACAUUGGCACCACCCAUAGAGUUUUGUAAAACAACCAAUAAACUCGUACAAUACACUCAGACACUCCCACACAAAAUCCUCCCCUCGGCCUGUGAUACAAUUACCUUACACAAUGGGUUAAUGUAAUUAUCACAGGCAGGAAAAUACAGUUUUACACAAUAUUCAUAACUUUAAAAGUAUGCAUCAUAUUCACAUAAAACUUACAUUUACAGAAUCGGCAUACUCCAAAUACAAACAUACGUCAAAAUCAUACAAAUUGGUCCAAUGGGUCAAAAGUUAGAUCAAAGUCCUUUGUGACCAAACGAAGCAUGGCUUUUCUGCCCAAAACCGGUUCCACAGAGUCUUCUAUCCUGGAGAUAAUUGGGAAGUAAUCCAAUUCUCCCCAAGACAGAGGCAAAACUCCAUUAGCCACAUGGUAGCAAAAGACAUUAAAAUAUAUAUAACUGUGCAUCUAUUGCAUAAAACAUCCAUAUACGAAUGGGCUCCAUGGCAUAGCUAUAUGGGGUAAUACUGUUCAAAUAGGGAAAGUACCGAAUGACCCGGCUUUUGUGUCUUUGCAGGCGAAAAUCAAGCGUUUCAACAUGGGGCCAUAGUCCAGGGGGAGCAGGCGAGCAACCAGGCUCCUCCAAUGCCCAGUGGCGGGGUUGCUACCGUCACAUGAUGUAGUAUUGAUUAAUUGUUGUAAUUAUGUUUGCUAUAUAAUUGCGUUUGUCACAUACAUUUGUCAGCUUGAUAAAGACCACACUGGUCGAAACGUUGCUUUGCACAUUCUGGUGCCAAUAUAUUGCCUUAAAUUGAACCUUUGAAAAGCCCUUAUCCUUUCUUUUGAAGUAUUACAUUUAGGAUUUGGUGCUGAACCCGGAUCUGGUUGCACCCUGGUUGUAAGGUUUAAAGAUUCAGUGCAUUUCCUGUGUUACAUUCAUGACUGAGGGGGUGACUCUGACUGAGGGAGGGGGUGACUGGUGGCAGAGUGACUGGUGAAUGAUGAUAGAGUGAGGGUGUUAGAAAUACCUUUUAUUUAUUAUUUAUUUUUUCUCUUCUUCAUUCACUGGUGGUCCGGUGGUCUCUCUCCAGUCUGCAGCUCCACCGGGUGUGGGCUGCAGACUGUAAUGUAUCUCGCGAAAUCCAGAAGUCAGAGUUACCACGGCAACGUUCUGAUUGGCCAGGGAUCGCGAGAUACAGCACAGUCUGUAGCCCCCACCCGGCAGAGCUAAAGACUGUAUUGGCUCUCUCCCCGGACAGACGGGAGGGGCAUCACACUCGGCGGCACACAGGGGCAAGCUGCCGGCCCUUCCAGAUGUCGAUAUCUCGGUUAUGGACCGAGGAGUUAACAAGACACUUUGCCCUAAGGCAUUCUACUACUAGCCUGCAGCAGGGCCGAAAAGAUAAAAUAACUACCUGACCAGUGCCUGGAACUGCAUGUCCCGGGCAUUGGGUGAUGGUAAUUGCACAUCACUGGAAUUUUCGGUAGAUUUGCCCCCCUAUGGGAUAGGUCCAUUUUCAGCUGAAAAUUUUGGUGCAUCCCUAGAAAGGAAUAUAUUUGUUUAACUAUAAGUAGGACAAUUACAAGAAAACGUACAGGAAUGAUAGGUUGAAGAGGACCCUGCUCAAAUGAGCUUAUGGUCGAUAGGAGGUGGGGUAUAAAACACAUUAGGUCAGGAAAUAGCAAUCAAAUAAGGUUGGAGUGAAGCAGAGCUGGAGGAGAGAAUAGUGUGCUGCCCUUUAGGGGAGAGCAAGAGACAGGUAUGUGUGGUAGAGGUUAGUCUGGGAGGCCAUAAGCUUUCCUAAAGAAAUGGGUUUUAAGGCACUUCUUAAUUGAUUGAAGAUUAGGGGAGAGUCUGAUGGUAGGCAGGCUAUUCCAUAGGAAGCGAGCCGCCCGCGAGAAGCUCUGCAUGCGCGAGUUGGCCAUAAAGGUGCGGACAGGAGAAGGCAGAGCGGAGAGACCGAGAAGGGAGAUAUAAGAGGGGCUAGAAUUGUUCAGUGCUUUAUAGGUAUGGGUUAGCACUUUGAACUGACUCCUAUAGGAUACAGGAAGCCAAUGGAAGGACUGACCGAGGGGUGAUGUGUGAGAGAACUGAUAAGAGAGGAAAAUCAGUCUGGCCGCAGAAUUCAUUACAGACUGUAGCGGGGCAAUACGCCUAUUGUGAAGCCCAAUUAGGAGAGCGUUACAAUAGUCCAUGCGAGUGGUUACUAGAGCAUGGACAAGCUCUUUAGUAACAUCUUGUGUAAGAAAAGGGCGUAUGCAGGCGAUAUCUAUUUUUUUAUUUUUAUUUUUUUGUGGAAUUGGCAUGAUUUGACAACAGACCGGAUUUGAGGCUCAAAGGUGAGGCAAGAAUCAAAAGUAACACGCUUGUAAGGAUGGGCUGAUAUGGGUACAACCAAUCUGAAGGGAGAGUGAGAGAGGAGGAUUAAUAUUCUGUUUUGGAAAGAUUGAGUUUCAGAAAGCGUGAGGACAUCCAAUCAAAGAUAGAAGAAAGGCAAGAGGUGACACGUUGCAGGAAAUAAGGGGAGAGGUCUGGGGAGGAGAGAUAUAUCUGGGUGUCAUCAGCAUACAGAUGGUAUUGGAAUCCAAAUGAGGUAAUACGUUUGUCAAGAGAGGCAUUAUAAAGAGAAAAUAGAAAGGGACCAAGGGCAGACUUUAGUGACUUUAAUAAGGGCAGUCUCAGUAGAGUGGGAAGCCGUACUGAAGAGGGUCAAGGAGAGAGUUGGAGUUGAAGCAGGCCAGACGGGUUAAGACUAGUCUUUCAAGAAGCUUUGAGGAAAAAGGGAGCAGGGAAAUAAGACUAUAGUUAGAAGGGGAGGAUGGGUCAAGAUGUGCCUUGUUUUUUUGUUUUUGUUUUUAAGAUGGGUACUACAGUAGCAUGUUUAAGGACAGCAGGGGCAGUGCCAGAAGAGAGUAGUUGAAGAUGUAUGUUAAGGAGGGCACAAGACUAGAGGAGAGAGAUCUGAUAAGGUGAGACGGGACAGGAUCAAGCGGGCAAGUAGUGGGGGGAGAAGAUAAAAGGAUAAGCACAGCCACCUCUGGUUCAGAAGCCUGGGAGAAGGUCGGAAGGGUUGGAGAGGCAUAAUCCAGGUGUGGUUGAGAAAGUGAGGGGCAAGUUGGUGAGAAUUCUUUUCUUAGCUGUUCAAUCUUGUCAGUAAAGUAGCAUGCAAAUCUAUCAGCUCUAAAGUUAGUUUUGGGGGUGGCCACAGCAGGACGAAGGAGAGAGGUAAAGGUAUCCAAGAGACGCCUGGGAUUGCGACAGCACGAGCUAAUAAGAGAAGAAAAAUGACUGUUUGGCAAGGGCAAGGGCUGCGCUGUAUGAAUUUGUAUCAAGUCUGACUCUGUGUGAGACUUCCUAGCAAUUGUGACUUGAAUUGUUCCAAAUUGAUCAUACAAGGCACCUUGUCCAUGCAGCUGACUUGUAAGGUAAUGGCCGCCUCUGACAUUGAGUAUUCUGAAUAUAAUGGACAGUUUUUCACGUUGGCUGCACUUUUAAUAGACUUUGCAGUCUAUUUAAAAGAAAUUGUGAUGGAAUUCGUCCGGCCGGCCUCUAAAGUGCUGAAACUGCUGGAGGAGAAGGAGGUAUGUGUGACAGGUACCAUGACAGUAAGUAUCAUUGUGCCCCGUCAAUGAGUGUGAGCCCAGGUUCAGGAAUGAAGAGGUAAGACUGAUACUGUUAGAGCGGUAGGCCCACAAGGGUUUUUAUAUUUGGAUCCGGUUACUGGAUUGCUCCCUCCCUCUGGAGGGAAGAAGCGAAGGCGCUUAUCUGGAAAUUAGACGCUCUGUAGUCAGCCCGUCUAAUAUAGGUGGUUUGGGCAGGGCCGGAUUAACAUAGGGGCUGAUGGAGCUGCAGCUCCAGGCCCAGGCCCAGGCCCAUGGAAUAGGCCCAUUGAUUUAUAAAAAAAAUAAAAAUUUACAUUUUUUUUCCCACACUACUCUAAGGGAUUCCACCUGGCUUUUAUUUUAUUGGCACAGCCAGUAUUUGAGGCUGCCUGGCUGGUGCCAAUAUUACAGUGAUACUGGCAAUACAAAUGCUGGUAUUUUUCUCAGUAUAAACAAGAGAUUACUAUGCAAUACCAGCACUGGCCAGUAGGGGUCGCUGUGUGUGGAGACAGGCAGGGAUAGGAAGUUCCAGCAUAUCCCUCCCUGCCUAUCUAUACUCCCUGAUCUGCAGGGGAGCAGCUACAGAGAGUCCAGACAGCAAUUCCCACCCUGCAGAGACAGCCUCAGGGAAGUAAGGGAUGGGGGGGAAAGGCUGCAAGGAGACAUACACUGAGACACUAAGGGACACUGGGAGACAUUAUGGCAGACACUGAGACACUAAGGGACAUUGGGAGACAUUAUGACACAGACACAUGUGGACACAGUGUCCCCAUGUCUCCCAGCCAGUGUCCCUGGUGUCUCAGUGCCCCCAGUCUGCCAGUGUCUCACUGUCCCCAUGUCUCCUAGUGCCUCCAUGUCUUCCAGUGCCUCAAGUGUCUCAAUGUCCCCAUAUCUCCAAGCUAGUGUCCCUAGUGUCUGUGGCCCUGGUGUCUCCUUGUCACCAUGUCUCAAUGUCCCCAUGGUCCCCAGCCAGUGUCUCUAGUGUCUGUGUCCAUGGUGUCUGUGUCCCCAUGUCUUCAAGUGUCCCCUAUUUUCCCAGUGUCCCCAUGCAUCCCAGCCAGAGUCCCCUAGUCUCCCAGUGUCACUGGUGUCUCUGUGUCCCUAAGUCUCCCCGUGUCCCCAGGUCUUCCUGUCUUCGUAGUGACAUGGGGACCCUGGGAUACAUGGGGACACAGGGAGACAUGGGGCAUUGAGACACUGUGAUACAUAGGAUCACUGGGAGACCUGGGGACCCGACACUAGGGGACACUGGGAGACAUGGGGCACUGAGACACUGAUACAUAGGAAAACUGAGACCUGGAGUAAUCGACACAUGGGGGCACUGGGAGACAUGGGGCCACUGGGAGGAGCCCAGCUAUACAGCAGAAUCAAACUAUGUAGUUUUUUGGUGAUUUUACAGCAUUUUCUCUUAUGUCACUCCUUGUGAUUUACAUCAUGUGAUGUCACCCAUACAUAUUUAAUUAUGCAAAUUAGUAAGGCUGGUAUGUUUUUCCAAGAAAGGUGGCAACCCUAACUACUUUUCACAUACUCUUACUUAAGUAUGGAAACUUAAGAGGGAUGUAUGGGAACAAAACUUGUGUGGACUGGCUGACAAUGAAUAUAGUUAAAGGGACACUAGAGUCACCAGAACAACUACAGCUUAUUGAAUUUGUUCUAGUGAGUAGAAUCAUUACCGUCAGGCUUUUUGCUGAAAACACUGUCUUUUCAGAGAAAAUGCAGUGUUUACAUUACAGCCUAGUGAUAACUUCACUGGCCACUCCUCAGAUGGCUGUUAGAGAUCCUUCCUGGGUCAUGGCUGCCUAAAAUGCAUCCAAACAUUCAGUGUCUCCUCCCUCUGCAUGCAGACACUGAACUUUCCUCAUAGAGAUUCAUUGAUUCAAUUCAUCUCUAUGAGGAGAUGCUGAUUGGCCAGGGCUGUGUUUGAAUCAUGCUGGCUCUGCCCCUGAUCUGCCUCCUUUUCAGUCUCAGCCAAUCCUAUGGGGAAGCACUGUGAUUGGAUUAGGCCACCACUUCUAAUGAUGCCAGCAGACUGCUUGUUUUUCUGAGUCUAACAGCAUGCAGACUUACAGCUUCAGGCUUGAAUACAGUAAGAUUUUGCUAUAUUUAUGGAGGCAUGAGGGGCCCAGGGGGGCUAGAUGGUGGUGUCAACACUAUAGGGUCACAAAUUCAUGUUUGUGUUCCUGACCCUAUAGUGAUCCUUUAAGGUAAUGCUGACUUUGGUCCUCUAACACUGUGGCAUGUCCCCUUUCUUCUACACUCUCUACAUACACCUUUUCUUUGUCCUAGACUAUAUACCAGGAGCUUCUGCCUGCUAGUAAGAAGGUAAGGAGACAAGUGGACCAGCGAGUGCUAGGGGACAGUCCUUAGAAAGCGUUGAGUGAGCGCAUCAUUAGAUGCAUUUAUGCCAAGCUCAGGGUUCUGUCUGCAUAGUAUGCCCUUAGUUGGCCAGCUGCAUGAUUGGCAGGCAGCCUGACAUGCAUUCAUACCAGGCUGGCCUUCUAAUUCUUUGGGCAGACAUGUCCUCUUUUUGGGUAUGUUCGCCCCUUUUGGCAGAUUACGUGAUUUGUGUCAGUGGCACACCCUUUUACCGUGCUCAUUGACUUCCUGCUUGACUGGACACUGCUGUUAGGGGUUAUGGAUUUACUUGAAAGAUGAAAACAUAAAUUAGAGAGAGAUUAGCCUAGGGUAUGUGUUUUCUUAUAGCUGCUGUUUUCUUUCUCUCCAGCACCAUCUCCAUCACAUACAUGACGCUUGGGAGUGUUUUACUGUUUUUGGUCGAUAUGAUUCUGUAAUUAGGCCCGUCAUAAUUAUCAGCACCAGGUUCACUGGGCUCUUAAUCUGGCCCUGGGUUUGGGUCAGGCUAAAUCUUGGUGUAAAUAGUUUAUGCCGGACACCGGUGUCCUGUCUUGACUAGCGUGUCUAGGUGUAAAUUUCGGUCGCUGUGUCGGGGAGGCCGGCGAGACUAAGCAGAUUUUGGUGUACAUUCCGUCUGCUAGUUCUCAACCUAUCUUGGCUAAGUGUGCGCGGUUGUAAAUUCACCCACUAGACUAUUGAUAGAGUAGAUAGACUAAAUAGGUGCGUAGAUUAACCGAAUCCUGGUGUAAAUAGGUUGAUAGUUCUCGAGGUGCUGGCCAAUUAGAAUAGUUGGGAUUAUUGUAAAUAUUGUUAAAUAUACUGUAGUUGGUGAAUUGUAUGUCCUGCUAGAAAGCUUGAGCUCUGCCGUCUAGUGGGAGUGUAAAUUGUGUGUAUACUGUAUAAUAGUGCACGGUAUUAUAACCAUUAACAUGUACUAUAACUACUGACGUUGUGUAAAAAUUACUAAAAACUGUUGUCUUAUGUUAUAUGUGUAACACCAUAACUGUUACUAACUGAUCUGUGACUUUAAAACUCUAUUAUAACCACUUGCUUACUGUACCAUAACCACUGAUUGUAAAGAUGAGGUUACUAGAAAGUGAUAUAGUUGGUUAGUUAAAAGUUGAUUUAUAAUUUGGAUAAUUGUAGGGUUUGAUUUAUAGUUAGAGAUAAGUAUCUCGUAUUUGGUAAAUCUUUGUGAGUGAGACGUUGUGAUUUCACUGUAUGUACGAGAAUUCUCUGCGCGUUUUUGUGUGUGUGUGUUUGGCCUAGCAACUGUGCCACGUGGUGCUGUUGCCAGGGAAACAAGUGUGAUCGUUAGAAGUGUGUUUGUGGUAUUGUGUUUCUUUGUAUUAGACGCUCCGUUGCUAGUAUGGGUGCGUCUGACUCAAAGAUUGUUGAUCCCUUGUCGUGUAUGUUGAAAAACUUUGCAAAGGGAUAUAAACUUUGUGAUUUUGGGGUGAAAUUACCCCCAAAGCGUUUGACUACAUUAUGUAGUAGAGAGUAAACCUAUCUUGGUGACCGUAUGGCCUCCACGUGGUAGUCUUGAUCUAACUCUGGUACAACGUGUGCACGCAGCUGUAUCUAGUAGGCCUGAAUUCUAUGAUCAGUUUCCGUAUAUUGAUUGUUGGAUACCGAUUGUGGAAGAAUUGCCUAAAUGGAUUAAGGUAUGCCAUGAGGAGCAAUGUCGCCUCAUGGUGGCCAGGACUCGCCUGUCCAUCAGGGCCGCAAACCUGCCCAUUUUAGACUCUCCCUCUGAGUCUGAACUUCCCUCCCCCACCCCCCUGUGUGUGUGUGUGUAACAUUGUAAGCAUGAUAUAUACCGUGCAUACCUAUUGACAUGGUUUUUAAGGGUACUUUUUUUUCUUAUAGGAAAACUUUAACAAGUUAAAUAUCUGGGAAACGAUUUAGUGUAUUGCUUAACUGCUGCAAGUUAAUGGGAUUGUCUGGAUGAGACCCAGUGUCUGUCAGAGGAAGAACUGAGCUUCUGGUAAAAAAACAGUAGUGCAUUGUAGACUACCACAAGUAUAUUUGGGCAGUGUAUUUGGCUAAUCAAUGUAUGCAGCCUUAUCUGGUCAACCAAAAAACUAGGCCCUGGUACAAGACAAUUGCCAUGAAUUUAAGCUAGAUUGCAAUUUUAAUCGCUAUGUGCUGUAUAAUAAAAUAAAAAAAUAAUAGGGAUGCCAUACACAUUUUUUUUUAUCUGAUAUUUUUUUAUUAUUAUGAUAUUUAUAGAGCGCCGUCAAAUUCCGCAGCGCUUUACAAUGGGUGGACGAACAGACAUGUAGUUGUAACCAGACAAGUUGGACACACAGGAACAGAGGGGUUGAGGGCCCUGCUCAAUGAGCUUACAUGCUAGAGGGAGUGGGGUAAAAUGACACAAAAAGGUAAGGAUAGUAUUAUUAACCCAAUCCUCCCUUUUUGGAAUUAGACUAUCCAGAGACUUUGUGGCAAGAACUUUCCUUUCCAAACCUCCUCUUCUCUACCUUCUCUCUAUAUAACAGACUGUUUCAGAGUCUACCAUACAGAGCUGAACUGUUGAAUCACUCUGUAUGGGACUUUGUCAGUGUGUUUUAUUCUAGAUUUUUGACCUUUGCUUGUCCUGAUUAUUCUUUGUUAGCUGCCUGUAUCGACUUGUUGGCUUGUUAUACCCACUACUCUGACUUCUGGAUUCCCCUGACCUUGGCAGGUUCCUGUUAUGUUAAGCCCAGCCAUUCUAAAGUGGCUACACCAAACAAGACUUGUUAAAAUUAUAUACCAUCAUGGGGGUGAUUUUUCUUUUAUAGAGUGACAUGUUCUCGCAAAGGUGACAUAAGCCCAGAAAAUCACUUUGUAAAUUUUAUAAGUUGAAAAUGCCCAUUAAUAUAUUUUGCCAUGUAACUUACCGACAAGAAGUUAAAACUGAAAUUUUGAGAAAAAUUGAAAAAAAAUGCUACAUUAGCACUUUUUUGUCUUUUUAAGAUUGAAAGUCAUUAUGUUACUUUAGGAACAUAAAAUAGGACUAUGGGCAAUUUGACUUGGCAUAAAAUUAUCACAACUAGCAUAUUAAAAAUAUAGUGUAGCCAAACGAUUAUCACAAACAGAAUUUACUUUUUUAUAAUAUUUAUUUUUAACAAAGGAAGCAACAAUCUCCUGAACUGCUUACUAGUUUGUGGAACAGCCAAAAAGCCUCCACAAAACAAUUUUCAAAAGCAACUAUUUUUCAUAUUUCCUCUCCACAGUAUUAAAUAAAAAUAAAAACCCCAUUCUCCUAAAAAUAAUUGAAGACGGGGGGAAGUGUUAAGAAGAGUGUGGGACUAAGUUUCAAUGGACAUUUAAUCAGAAUCCUUUUCUGAGCUGAAAUUGUCAGUAUCCGUCUCUGCUUCUUCAGCUACUCUUUUUUUUUUUUUGUCCGUCAUCGCAAUUAGGAACUUCUAAAAACUGAAGGUUUGCCCGGAUUGAAACAAGCUUCUCUAUUUUUUCACAUGUCAGUUUUUCUUGAUUUAGUGUGAGUGUUUCCAAACAUAGAUCAGAUUCUUUCACAUGCUGCAGAAGAUGGAGGUAUCUGGAGAAGGCGAGAAGCAAUAGGAGUCAGAGGCUGUGUUGAGCAAAGAUCUUGCCACCAUGUUGCAGGAGGAAUAUGUUUGGCAGAAUCCCUGAUUGCAUUCCUGGACCAAAUCCCUGAAGAUGUUCUAUAUUCUGCAACAUUUGAAAGUACCUUCCCAACAUAAAGUCCUAAAUGUGAUGCUUGUUUUGUGAUCCAGUCAAAUGCAGUAGCAGUGUCAUCAUCACUUAUGUUUGCACCAUUGAAUUUUGGAUCCAACAGAUUUGCAGCAGCAUCAAUUGGAUGACAACAAAAUUCUUCUCUCUUAUUAAUAAAAUCUUUCACUUUACUUUCUUUUAUAGUCGAAAGUGGAGAUAUACUGAGAUUUUCAAAAACAGUUGUUUUUAUCUUGGUCAUUAGAUAAGGAAUUUCUGACAAAAGUGCACUAUCUGAUUCAGAUGCAGUGAUUGCUGCAGCAGUUGGCUUUAGAAUCUUCAGGGAAUUUUGCAGCUGAACCCAGAAGACUUCCUGAUCAAGAACAUUGUUUCUUACACUCCUGAGUACUUUAAGAUCUUCAACUAUUUCUGUUUCUUGAAGAGCUUCUUUGUUUUUUUAGUAAACUUUCAAAGGAGAUCACCACUCCAGCCCACCGAGUUUUACUACAGAGCUUCAGCGUAACUAUGCUAUUCUUUGCAUUUUUUUCAACUUGCUGCUUCUUGAAAACUGCAGCUACAAUAUGAGUACCUUUUACAUGUUUAAUAAAUUAUUUUGCUCGUCUAUAGACAAUUUGAAGGGUGUCCAACUUCAUAAUAUCAUUAAAAAGCAAGUUUAGCCCAUGGGCUGCACAUCCUAUUGCAGUAAUAUGUGGAUACUUCUCCAUUAUGAUUUCCCAUGCUGCUUUCAUAUUGCUGGCAUUGUCUGUAAGCAAAGCAAAUACUUUACCACUCCCAAUUUUCUGUUGGACAUCACAGAUUUUACAGCUGAUAUACUCUGCAGUAAGUUUGUCUCCUGUUUCAAUGCUUUUGUAAAAAACUGGCUGAGGUGUUGCUCUAACAAACUUUUAUAAUUCCUUCUUCUCUCGCAUUUGUCCAUCCAUCUGUAAGUACCGAUUCCAUUACACAUUCAUAUUCUGACUCCAAAAGAGGCUUGCUCAGAGAAUGUCUGCUGGGCAAUUGGUAUGAUGGUCUUAAUAAUUUCAAAGCUUCCUGCCAGUAUGUAUUUUCAGUUAUUGAAAACGGCGUUCCAGAAGAAUAUAUUGCUCUUGCAAGAGCUUGAUCAAUUUCUUUCCUGAUCUUCAGGUGUCAUCUUGUCUAUUAAUGAAGUUAGUGAAUAAUUAGGGAUUAUUCUAGCCCUAGUGACUGAAUAAUCAAAAUUUUAUUAACGACAGGAGGCGAAUAUUUGCUUAUCUUUCUUUACUGAACCUCCCAGCAGCAAAGAAAUAGUUAACAAUAGUGUAAAAACAAUUCAACCAAUCAGAGUGUAUAACAGUAUUAUAUGAUGUCACCAAACUCCUCCCAAGUCCUCUUUCUUGCUGUAGCCGACGAUAUCAGAGUAUCAACCAUGUAAACCAUAACUAUGAACUGUGACCAAUCCAAGGUCCUGAUGUAGUCAGACAUGUAAACUUUCAACGGGAUUGAUGAAUCCAUAUAUCACAAGCGUUGGGAUUCUUCACACUAAAGGGAAGUAGAGAAAAAAAACAUGAGAGUAUAGGUUCUCUUACUAGUUGAAUGCAAGUUUAUGGCAUGCAUACUAGGGACAGCAAUUUCAAUAGAUUUCAUGUAAAAUGAUGUUGAGUAUGUCUAACUCUUGGUUAGAGUGUUGUGGUGUAAACCUAUGACAGAUGAUGUGUGAAUGUGUUUGAAACAGAUCGACUAGAAAUUUCUUUUUAGUAACUUACUUUAGGGCGGGUAUAAAUGAUAAUGAAAAACAAAGAAGGGAGGUAAAUAUUCGCCUCCUGUCGUUAAUAAAAUUUAGAUUAUUAUUCACUAGGGCUAGAAUAAUCCCUAAUUUUAUGGCAAGACAGGAGGCUUCAUAUUUGCUGUUUUAACGCUCUUAUAUGAUAGAAGAUGCAGCAUGUGGCAUAGGUUUGAAAUAGAAUGUUCGAAAGUUGGAUUCCCUGGUCCAAUCUGCAGAUGUCAAUGUCUGAGAGGGAACUACCCGCACGAAAGGUUGAGGAUGCGGCUGCUCCUCUGAUUGAAUGCGUUCCAAAAGAGGAGUCAAUACCUGCUUGGGCUAGUAUCCAUCUGAUCCACCGCACAACGGUGGGAGCGGACACCGGUGUGUGUGGUCUGACAUAGGAAACGAGAAGGGGUCCUGUAGGGGAACGCAGAGUGGUUGUGGCAUCUAUAUAGUGCCUCACACAGAGCGCAACGAAAAGCGACUGUCUAUUCGGAAAGGAAGGGUAGACUACAGAGGACGAAUUAGUCUUCGUUAGCCUGGUGAUGUGAAAUUUAACGCCCUCAAGCGAAAAAACUACAGCGUGGAAAUCAUAUGCUCAAAUAUCGGAGACCCUACGGAAGGAUACCAGACAUAGGAGUAAGGCCAGUUUGGCAGAGAGUUGACGUAACGUCAAAUUCUCAUUAGAGGGCCAGGAGUCUAAAAGGGAAAAAACCUGAGUGACGUCCCAGAAAUUGGAAUAUCUUGGAAGAGGGGGUCUGGCUAGCCUGAUCCCUCGUAAAAGUCUACAAACUGAAGGGUGUUUUCCUAUUGAUGCAUUGUCAAUAGGGUUGUGGGCCGCAGAAAUAGCAGAUCUAAAAACAUUAAUUGAUCUAUAGGACUUGCCUUGAUCAAAGAGAGUAGAUAGAAAAUUUAGGAUGAUCGUCAGAGGUGCUGAAAAGGGAUCGGUAUCCCUUUCCAAACACCAGCUGACCCAUGUCCGCCAUGCAGCGAGGUAAGCUCUAGUGCCUGGGGCCCAGGAGUCCCAUAGGAGGGCCUGAGCUGUCUCCGAAAGUCCCGAGACAUUCCAGGAUCCCCUGAAACGGUCCAAGCUACAAGCUAGAGCUGUUCUUGAAGGGCGAGUGGGUGACAGCGCCCUGCUGAAUUCUUGAGGAUGUCGGGGGAUCGAGGUAGUAGAAUUGAACAAUUCACAGACAGUUCUAGCAGGGUUGGAAACCAAGUCUGGGCUCUCCAUAGCUGAGUGACAAUAUCUAUCGUCACUACUAGGGCUUUGACCCGGGAAAGGGUGCGAUGGAUCAUGGAGAAAGGCGGGAACGCAUAAGCUCCUGUCUCCGGCCAAGGGUGUAGGGAGGCAUCGACUGUCCAGGACUGGGGAUCUGGGAGCUAGCUGAAAAAGGCCUUUGUCUGGUGAUUCAGCCGAGACGCGAUCAGGUCCAGUGUGAGGGGCCCGCGAAGACAGUGAAUUUGAUAGAACAAGCGGGGAUCCAAUUGCCAGUCGCUUAGGUCCCUCCAAUGACGAGAGAACCAAUCUGCGACUAGGUGGUCCAUGCCCGGAAGAUAUUCUGCUCUGAUGGAUAAAUUCCGCUCUAGGCAGAAUUGGUAGAGUUCCUUGGUAAGGUCAGACAGUAAUUUGGAUCGGGAUCCUCCUAACCGAUUCACAUAAUGCACUGCAGAGACGUUGUCCAUGCACAGUACUAGUGAACAAUUGAAACAAUAUUUUGCGAAACUGCGAAUCGCAAAAGAUCCUGCAAUCAAUUCUAGGCAAUUGAUGUGCAGUGCUUGUUCGGAGGGGGACCAUAGUCCCCUGGUGGACCUUUCGGCGCACGUAGCGCCCCACCCCAAGAGACUGGCAUCGGAUUCCAGAAUGAAGUCUGGUUGUGAUCCGAAAAUGGCUUUGCCAUUCCAGGUUUCCAUGUUGUGAAGCCACCAAUGAAGUUCUAUACAGACUUCGUCUGUUAGGUAGAUCAGUUGGUCGUAGAAGGUGGACCAGUUUAGAUAGUAAGUCUUCAGCCGUUGCAUGGCUCUGUAAUGUAGGGGUCCUGGAUAAAUGGCUCGGAUAGAGGCAGACAGUAGGCCUAUGGUAUGAGCCAGAUCGCAUAGGCGAAUCUGGUGGGCUGAUAGCAAUUUGCAAAUGUCUUUCUUUAUAGCCUUGACCUUUGUAGAAGGUAGUUGUAAAAUCGCCUGUAUGGAGUCUUUUAGGAAUCCGAGAAACUGAACUUUCUGAGAAGGUUCCAGGUCCGAUUUUUGAAAGUUGAUUACAAAACCUAGGUUUUGUAAUAAGGCCGUCGUCAUGUCCGUGUGUUGACGUAAAAGGUCUGGAUCUUGAGCCAUUAUCAGGAUGUCGUCCAAAUAUACAAUGGAACGAAUCCCCUGUGAUUGGAGUAGCACCAUCACUGGUUUCAUCAGCUUUGUGAAACACCAUGGUGCGGAACAAAGACCGAACGGGAGGCAUGUGAACUGCCAAAUUUCCUCUUGCCAGAGGAAUUGAAGAAAAGCCCGAUGGUUGCGGGCGACAGGGACAGUGAGAUAUGCGUCCUUGAGAUCGAAUCUGGAUAACCAGUCUCCCACGCAAAGGAGGUCCUUGAGGAGAUGGAUGCCCUCCAUUUUGAAAUGACGAAAUCUGACAUAGUGAUUCAGGUCUUUCAAAUUGAUUAUUGGACGCAGGUCUCCGGAUUUUAUGUGGACCAGAUAAAUAUUGCUUACAAAGGUAUGUGGGAAGGGUGAUCUUUCUAUCGCCCCUUUUUCCACCAAUUUGUUCAAUUCUGUGUGUAAUGCCAGAUUGUCUGUUGCAGACAUCCGAAAUGGUGUAGGUGGUGUGUCCUGGAAGGGAGUAGAAAGGAAAUCUAUUUUGAACCUCUUGACUGUGUGUAGGAUCCAUAGAUCCUGUGAAAGCAGUUCCCACUGUUGGAAAAAAUGGGUUAGUCGACCUGCUAUAGGUACAUUGAAAAAAGGAAGGUUUAUUAUCUGGAGCAGUGUGUCCGCGUAAGGAGGCAGAUCCACGUCCCCGGAUGGAUCUUCUAUUGGUGAAUAACUGCCUGUGGUAGGGUCGACGGGGUCCCGAGUUCCAGUAAUUUUCUGAGGGACGAGGCCUGUAGCCUGUGAAGGCAGCUCUGUUGUUCAUUCGGCCUCUUUAUCGUCCAGCUCUCCCAGAAAAACGACCUGACUGGGAGCGAAAUACCCUGCAUAGGGAGGAUUGGGCCUUGUUUAAGGUAGUAAAUACUGCUGCACGUUUGGACAGAUCUCUCAUGAAAGAGUUCCCAAAUAACAAGCCAUUGGCUUCUGGUCCCAGUUCUCGGGAGCUUAAGUCUGCUAAUUUAGCAUUGAGUUUAUAUAGUGCCGCCCUACGUCUCUCAGUGGAUAUAUCCACAUUUGCAUUGCCCAGGAAACAUAGGGCUCUUUGGGCCCAUUCUCGGACUGUGUGAGGGUCAAACUUCCCACUAGUUAUAGCUUCGUCAGCUAGUAUGAAAAUCUGGAUGAUGGGACCAGAUUGUCCUGGGCUGUCUUAAGACCCUGCUCAAUACCCUUGCGAGGGUCUUUCCCUGUUUUAGUGAGGAAGGUCACAAAUAGCGGGUUAAACUCUGGCCUGAGAGCCACUUUACUUGGUAUAGUUGGCCGAGGGCAUUCGGCUCUGAGUUUAGCCCUUAUUUCUUUUUCAAGGGGCUUACGCAGCCACAUCUUGCAAAAAUUAGAGAUGUGGUCAGGUGGGGCCCAUUCGGCCAAACGUGGAUGUCUAAUGACCCUAGGGUCGAAAAAAGGGACACCCGAGGCAUCCAGAAGGGUGUCUGAGUUGGGUCCCUUGGGCAUAGAGAUGUUUGCAUCUGUGUCCUUUUUGGUAAUGAAUGUCUCCUUGACAAAUUCCGAUGGGGUAUCCCCUAGCGCAUUCGCCGAGAGGUCCUCAUCAGAAUAGCCAAGGUAGUAAUCCUCAACCCCAUCGCCCAUUUGAGAAGUGGAACCCUCCAAGGGGUCGAAUAUAGUUUGGGCGGGGCGAGUGACAGUUAAUUUUUGGGACUUGGCAGGAGCCUUGCCCUUGCCCGCAGACACACUAUUCCUUUUCCAAGGACGUGUGACCUCCUGAUCCAAGGGCUGAGAGUCCUCUGAGUCAGAGAGUAAAUGUGUGGUGGGAUUGACUUCGCCAGGAGUCUUUUCAUGGAAGGCUGCUAACGCCUUGGGGAUGGAUUCAGUAAUGGUUGAAACCAGCCAAGCUUUAAGUUCCUGAGAGAUUGCGGGCUCAGUAUUGUCAGACAUUUUAGUUAGGACUGUAUUAGUGAUUCUGACAAAUAGUCGUAAGACAAGAAUGUUAAAUGGGGUUCACCCAAUUGUGCUUAGUAAAAUUUCUAAGUAGGGGGUCACCCAAAUAAGCGUAGUUUGAUAUAUAAGGGCGGCACACAAUAUAUAGUGGGGUAGACCACUAAAUUAUAUAAGUGGAUUGUACCACUGUAACAAUAAGAACUGGGGUUCACCACUCAGUAGUCAGACUUUUAUGAGUAUGUCUGUAAAAUAUUUAAUAAAGUGUUGGGUCACUUUAAAUAAUAUAUUGUAUUAUUUGCAAAGGUGAGGGUCACUCACUUGUAGUAAUGGUGUUGAGACACCUGUCAUAAAUUGAUUAGAAAGUGAAUAAAAGGUGGGGGUCACCCACAACAAUAUUCAAUGAAUCAAGUGACAAAGAAAAAGGUGGGGGUCACCCACAAGGCUGUCCUUUAUUUAAUUAUGAUAAGAUACAGCAGGUAUUUUCCUGUCAAGAAAAACAAAUAGGUACAAAGAAUAAUUUGGAAAAAGGUGGUAGCACUUUAAGGGUGCUAUGAGCAACAAAAUAAGAUACUUACCGGAUCCGACGUGAGGUGAAGCGAUCGCACAUAAAUAACAAGGUAAACCACGGUUUAAGAUGGCCUCCGCCAGCAAUAGGGCGGGAGGAAGCGCGUCAGGUAAUUGCAGGCGCGAGAAGGCGGGAUCUGAGAAAGGGCGCGAAAUUGAGCCACAAAUGUAAUAAAAUCGUAGAGGCAAACCCCGACUAUUUUUAAAGGGGAACAAUGGAGAUAAAGUUUAAAAACUGUUCAGAGACGUAAAUAAACAAACAUGUUAGGUAUAAUUAUAUGUAGUAAGGGUAUUGUGUACUGAUAAUAAAUUGUGUGAGAAACAAGUGAGAAUGAAUGUUUGAUAAACAAAACAUUACCACCGAAAAUUAUUUAAAAAUGAUAAUAGAAAUUUGAAAAUUUGUUCAAAUAUUGCAUUAAAGGCAAAAACCCUAAGGCAAUAUAAUUGGAGCAGACUCACCUGGGAGGCAAGCAGCAAAGAAAGAGGACUUGGGAGGAGUUUGAUGACAUCAUAUAAUACUGUUAUACACUCUGAUUGGUUGAAUUGUUUUUACACUAUUAACUAUUUCUUUGCUGCUGGGAGGUUCAGUAAAGAAAGAUAAGCAAAUAUGAAGCCUCCUGUCUUGCCAUAAAAUUAUUGGAUGCAACUGUCUUCAGUAUCUGUUUACUUGAAUAUGCUGCUGAUGCGACAACACUUUGUGUUGCUGCUGACGUUAUAGAUGGAGUAGAAAGAGGACUUCUUGAACGAGAACGUUGAGAAAAACCUAUGUGCAUUGUCAUUGCUGUCCUCUUCACUUUGAUCCAUGAAGGAUUUUUUAAUAUCUACAGGACACUUGUUACAUACAAGAAUGUGUUUUGUCAUCCUGGUAGCAUUUGGAAAUGCAUAUUUCAUCUGACAAUAUUUGCAAAUCACAUUUUUCUUUUCAGAAGAACUUGUAAUGUGAAAAUGCCUCCAUAUGCUAGAUGUUGGUCUCACCAUUUUUCUGAGGGGAGUAGGAAAUAAAAACAAGAAAAAAAUGACUACUUUGCAAGAAGACACUGAUCUAUGUGUGUGGGGGUCACUGGGGGAAGAACCAGAUUACUGGUAAAACGGAAACUUUUUUCUUGUUACAAUAGCAGCACAGCACCUCCUAAAGGAAGAAAUGCAUACUGUUCUUGCAUUGGAGGGUUCAGUUUGUUACCUAGGACUUGCUUGUCCUCACUAAGUGCACAGAAAUUAGAAUAAUCUGAUAGCAUACAUUUUUUUUUUUUUUUUAGAAAUGAUUUGGAAAAUAUUUGAACACCCGUCUUAAAAUAUUUUAUUCAUCAUGUUAAAAUAAAAUAUUCCACAUUUUUAUUUUCUUCAAUUUUUUUUAUUUUUUUUUUAAAAGCCUUCAGGGAAAAAAUGGGAAAAACAUUUUUUUCCCGAAUUUUUCUGUUUUUUUUUCCCGGGCUUUCACAUCUCUAGGGCUGCCAUACUGCCUCAAAGGCGGGGUAGGUCCAGAAAAUCACUUUGUCAACUUUCCAAGUUGGAAAGGGCAUCUAAUAUAUUUUGUCCCUGUGACUUACCAAAAAAUCUCAUUCAUGUUUUCUUUGAAAAUGGUACAUAUAUUACCAAGGGUACGCAAACUUUUGUACACAACUCUAUUUAUAUCUAAUUCUGCGAGUAUAUGUAUAAUCUCUUCAUAUCUUUUUUAUUAUUUAUUUUUUAAUAUAAAUCCUAAAUUUAGAAAAAUAAGUCCUGUGCUCAAACUUCCAUCUCUCCUGGACAUCAGCAAUGACCAUACUACCACGUAAAUUUCAAAGACACCAUAAAACCUAAACACAAAUAUGAGUCUUCUAAAACACUUUCACGGGUAAUCUAAAAAUAAAAAACCUAUAUGGGUUUGUGACUAAGUGGCUGCUACAAAAGACUGGACUAUUUGAAUACCCUGAUUUGUCUACUUUUUCAUAUUGUAUGCCGUGAUGGGGUAAGUUUCAUUGCUGGGCUGCCAUACAGUCUCAAAAACAUUAGCCCAGCAAAUCACUCUCAAUGUAAAAAAACAGAAAAGGGGAAAGCCCAUUAUUUGCCACUGCAACUUUCCAAAACCCCAUAAAACCUGUAUAUGGUGGGUGCUUUUGUUCUCCUGAGACAUUGCUGAACACAAAUAUAUUUAUUUCAAUAAAAGCCAACAAUAUUAUGACCAUUAAAAUUCCAUGCAGAACUUAGAAAAAAUAAUUCUUUAUUUUAAAGGAAUUAAAUUCAAAGUGUAAGAAAUAAUUUUUAGUAUAUAUAAAUAUUUGAUGUGAAAUGAAACCCUUGUUGCUCCUAAACAAAAUUAUAUCUAAUAAGUGUGGAUAUGAAAGAGGUGAAUUACGGUUGUACAGACAUACAGCUCAAAUUCCAGGUUUUAUAUACAUUUUUGUUUUUAUCAGAACUUGUACAAUUGCCUUUGUUCUUAAGCGGUUAAAUUCUCACAGACAUAUAGUUCAAAUCCUAUGUUUUGUCUUGGUUCUUAACUUUUAUAGUUUCACUUGACAAAGCAGUGGAGGCUAUUGCCCAUGCGAGGCAUUAUGCCACGCUGCAGCAAUCCGGAUCUCCUCAUAGAGAUGCAUUAAAUCCCUGGUUUUCUAUGGGGAGCGUGGAGAUGCUGAAUGUAGGUGCUGCACACUGCAUUACUGACCCUGGAAGCACCUCUAGAGGCUGUUUGAGGCAUGCUUCUUCACUUUAAAUGCAGUGUUUCCAUUUAAAUGGUGCAGUACAUUAAGCAUGCACUUCAUUAAGUUGAAGUGGUUUAGUGACUAUAGUAUCACUUUUAAAAAUUGUAUUUUUGACGUUGACAAACUGGGUUCCUAACUUUUUUUUUUUUGUAGCUGGCUCCUAGAUUCCAAGCAAAUUUGUCAAGCCGUGCAUUAAAGCUCUUAUAUUCAGUUAUCUAUGUACUGCAUCUCUGGGUCCAUGUUAUGAUUGCAGAAAGGAAGCCGAAUAAUACAGAUUACUGUCCUGUAAAAUGAACACUUCAGGUAAAUUGUGCAAGAUUAAACUAAGCUUUAGCUUUUAUAAAGUGGCACCAUGCUGUAUGAAGAGCAAAGCAGAUUGAGUUUUUUUUCCCAUUUUCUUUAUCCCUUUUAAUCCCAUUGGCCGCAACAGGAAUUUAAGAGGGAAACCUACCAAAUCUGGUUUGAACUCUUAUUAGGGGCUAUAGUCCUAAAUCCAAUUUUCUUAAACCGUAAUUGAGUUUAUACUUUGAUUUUCUUUUAUUAAUUUAGAAUCGUCUGUUUUUAAAUCUUUCCAAUGUGGUUAACUUGCCCUCUCGUUGUGCUGAAUAAAACUGUAGAUUGCUGUGUGCGUAAUAGGUAGGCAUUGUCUGUUUGCCAGUGGACUUUAAAGGGUACUCAAAUAACCAUGACCACUUAAGUGAUUUAAAGUUGUCAUGGUAACCACAAUUUAUUUUAUUAUUUUUCUUGCUAUGCAUUUUUAUUUUUAAUAGAAUUUUUAAAGACACUUGGAGACAUGCAUAGCACACACGAUGAAGUGUAAAGUGAAGUGUAUACAAAAAUCAGCACAUUUUGAUAUAGGUUAGUAACAAGAUCAAGUAAAGAACAUCUGAGAGGAUGCAAUACUCCAAUAUUAUGAAACCAACAGGAUUAUUUAGACGCAAGUAGCAGAGGCAUGUGUGUCUGUACUCGGAUAUUGAAACUUAUAUGCAGACAUGGCCUCUUGGAUAUUAGGUAGAGUAACUAAAUAUAGGUGUAGUAACUCAGGCUUAUGAAAUGGUUAAAACAAAUAAAAUGUUGGUGCUGCUGGAUAUUUAGCAACCAAUAAUAAAUGCAAGCACGCAGUAUGUCCUCAUCUAUGCCCAGGAUGGUAGCUGAAAUGGAGGCAUCAGCCGGCCUGCACCAGAUCCCACUAGUAGGCCUGAAUAGACAGUUCAUCCUCUUGCCCAGCAUGAUGCUGCCUUUUGCCCACUUAGUCCUGCGGUAGUAGCUGUUCCUCCUACUGCGGGGACUUAGUAUUGUGGCUUUUUACCAACCCACCCAAGCUCUAAGAGGGCCAGUAUCUGGAUACUAAAAGUUUUCCUUCCAGGCUCUGCAUCCCGCAAGGCUUUUUUUUUUUUUUUAAAUACAUUUUUGUUUGUUAUGGCAAGAAAUAGGCAUUUAAGGGUAAAAAACAUAUCCAUAAAAUUGAAUGAUCAUAAGUUACAUCAGAUUGCAUUCGUACAUACAUAAAAUUAGUGUCGGAGUUAGAAGGUUCCUCAACAUUGGUAACAGCAUGUCUGUAUUUGUAGUCUGUGUAGUGGUAGAUAGACCUCCCAUAUUGUAGUACAUGGUAGUGAAGCAUGUUCAUGCCGUUGCUGAUGGAGUAGUUAGAGGGUACCUGUGACAACCCCAGAUUUCUUUGUCCCAGUUAUUUCUUUUCCUGCAUUCGGUAAACUAAUCUACCGAAAACCACCCACUGGCUCAUUUAACUUCAAAGAAACCACAAACUUAAGCGCUCUCGCUGUAUGGCCGUCGUUCGAAUUAGGGAUCGACCGAUAUUGAUAUUUUAGAGCCGAUACCGAUAUUCUGUACAUUUACCGUUUUUUGAAAAAAUAAACUAUUUCUACACAAAUCUACUGUUAACUGAACAUGUUUAUUUAUUUAUAUUUUUGCAAUUUUUUUUUUUUUUUACAAAAUAUACAUGACAGUCAAAAUUUGUUUUCAAGAAUGUGUGUUUUUAGUGGAUGCAGUGUGUGUUUGUGUAGUGUGUGUGUGCAUAGUGGAUGCAGUGUGUGUUUGUGUAGUGUGUGCAUAGUGGAUGCAGUGUGUGUAGGUAUGUAAUGUGUGUAAAAGGGGGGCAUUUUAAAUUUUUUUAACAUUUAGUUUUAGUCUUCCUUCUCUGGCCAGGUAAGAAGCAGGGAGGGGGGGACUAAAACAAAAUGUUGAUCCCUAGUUCAAAUAACGAACAACACUUGUCUCCCGAAAGCAGGCAAUGGUACCUGGAUGUCGAGUGUCUGGAACUGUAAAGCGGAUACUCGACCCCAUGAACACCAGUGAUUUGGUACGAACUGCUGCUUCUUUCCACGACAAGCCAGGAGAGCGCUGUUCGAUAGGCAUGUUCGCACUUUUUGUUUGUUUGGGAACUCCCAGAGGUGACUGACUGCUACCCCUGAUUCUCUGGAACUGGUUUGGGCAAUGUGAAUCUGAACUUGAUUUGCGGUCGGUCAAAACUUUUACCCCAGUGGCAAUUUGGCUGUGUUCGUGGAAUCUGAGCGCUAUUUGGAUAUAUUGGGUGCUCAGAUCCAGGCUAUUUGAGGAUAUGAUAUUUGUGGGGGGUUCCUAUAUGUGUUAUAUGUAUUUUGGGGUGUUUUAUGUUUUAUACUUUGUAACUCUAGUGACUGGGAGAUAAUUAGUUUAAGCAAAAUACACUAAAUUAUCUCCCAGACACAGAGAUCUGUGCUUGUUGUGGGAGUGUUUUUUAUUUUUAUUUAUUUUGCAUGAGACCCCAUGCUCGGGGUCAGUGUAUAUAAGUGGGCCAUCUGGCCAAAAUAAAACAUUAAAGUUGUACCCUUCAUCAAGUCUCGACGAUGAUUGGGUAUGCAAACUGAUUGGAUUUUUCCCACAACCAUAGGAUUUCAGGAGUGCUGGAUCCUUCACACUGCUAUCAUCUUCUAAGUAGUGUUGUAAAUACCACAGCCGCCUUCUGCCCGAGUAUGAGUCGGGGUCUUAAUCCCGUGCAUGCUCUAUACGCAUUAUCCGUUAGCCUUGGGUGCCACCAAAGUUUUUGUGAGAGUGAGUGAGGGGGAUGGAUGAAUGGAUAGAGAGGGGUAAUUGGAUGGAUGGAUAGAGAGGGAUAGAUACUCGAUAGAAAGAGUGUGUGUAUGUUUACAAUUUGUGUGUUUGUAUACAAACACUAUAUAUAGAGAUAUCUACAUAUAUAGUGUUUCUAUGCAAACACAACCUUUGGGUUUAGGAGGAUUGCGGUAGGAGGGGGCGUGCAUUGACAGAGAGCUGAGCACGGUAGAUUGCUCAGAGCUCAUUCAUAGAGCAGCAUUAAUUUCACUGCCGCUCUAUAAAGAACGCGCUUGGUGCAGCGUGAAGUCGCACAUGCGCACCACAGACCGAUGGGGCUUCUCUAAGAGAAGCGUCUGAGCCCUGCUGUACCGUCAUUUUGACUACAAAGGGGGCAUGGCUUGCCGAGGAUCUCGCCGCUGGAACGGAGGUAAGUAUAGAUCAUAAAAAUCACUCUAAUUGAUUUUUUUAUUAAGGGGAAACCAAUAUAAAAACAAGAAAGCAGGCUAGGGGACCUGUCUUUCCUGCUUUUAUAUGUUGGCUAUAGUGUUGCUUUAAGGAUACCAAAUUAGGGAGCUUUUUAGUAAAUGGCUCAUUUUUGGAAAAGACCAAAAUUCUGAAAGCCUUUGCUUUUCUUGGUCUUUCAGACAACUUUACCAAGUAAAAAAACAAUUGGAAUACAAUUGGUAUAUCAGGGAGGUUAAAUCUUCCCUCUUGUCCCUACCUGCUGUGCUGCAAGUAGAGGCAUGUCUACUAAAGUGAGCAGCCAGUGGCCAAUUGCACACUGUGCAAUUUGACCUGGUGUUCUGUCAAAUUGCCCAGCGUUGGAUGGCUUUAUAAGGCUUUACCCUCGCUGUAAGCUCAGUCUGCGUGGAGGAUGACGCAGGGUGAAGAUGAAUGACAUUAAUUUUUGAGGUGUAGAGUAACUAUUGUGUUAGAAAUACAGCUUUGUAUUCCUAACACUACAGUGCUUCUUUAUGGGUCUUGCCCGGGGACACUUGCUGCUGGUGUUUGAACGCAAAUUAGUACAGAGAUUAGUUUAAUUAAAGCCAAACUAUUGUAAGAAGGCAGCAAGCCUAAAAGAGGAUCCCUCUCAACCCUUUUAAAAAGGGUUUUUAAAACCCUCUCAACCCUUUAAAAAAUAGCAUUCAUAACGCGUUUCACCAGUAUGGCUUUUUAAAAUGGAGUAAAAACAUACAACCUGGCUAAAUGGGGUUUAUAUAGGUAUGGGAUCGUUUAAAAUUGGUGCCAAAAUUACAUCAUUUGCUGUUCUCUAAUUAUAGAGCAACAUGUCUUUAUGUAAACAUAUAUGUGUAAAGAACCUUUAACCCCUUAAGGACACAACUUCUGGAAUAAAAAAAGGGAAUCAUGACGGAAUAUUUCCGUCAUGUAUUAAUGAGGGGGUCAAGAUAUAUUGAAAAACUAUAAAAACAAGUUAUUUUUCAUGAUAUAGGCUAUACCUAUAUAAACCCCACUUAGCCAGGUUGUAUGUUUUACUCCAUUUGAAAAAGUAAUACUGGUGAAACACAUUAUGGAUGUUAUUUUGUAUUUUAAUCAAUAAAGGGUUUUUGGCCACUGCACUCGCGUACUGUGCCAAUUACCUUUUUUCUUUUACAUAUUUUAUAUUCUACAAACAUCUACUCCAAAGAAAUCCCAGGUGGGAUUCAUACCACCAAGCUGAUAUCAUACUAGAUCUAUACUUGUGAGUACGUUUUUUUUUUUUUUUAAUUUUAUUAUUUUUUUAAUCUAUUUUAUAAAGUUUUAUCAUCAUAUUGAGAGCACUAUCUGUUGCCUUUUCUACUUUUUUUCUGAGUUUCUGGUCAUUUCUACCACUGUGGCCUUUUUCCAUCAUAUCCUAUAAGUGGGGAUUGUACCACUGUAAGCAACUAAUGCUAGUGCUGGCCAUAGCUCUAAUAAAUGUGAGUGUGAUAUCGCUAUUCUUCUUCUACCUAUUAUGUUGGGUUUGACAUAUUGCACUUUUGGGAUUCCCUGCUUUUUAUCUUUUUUCUUUUAUACGGAUACCCAAACCUAAGCUUACACCCCCAAGUCCAAGGCAACUUGCUUUUUAUCAAGCACCCACAGCUGCAUUUACCUCUUAAUGAGAGACAUCUUUUUAUGUGAGAACUUUGUUUGGGACUAUAUAUUUAGCAUUUUUAUAUAUUGAUUUUUAAAUAUUGACUUGUUUGUCUUUGCUGACUGUCUUUUUAUUGUUGUUUAUGUGGCGCGGUAAUUCUCUUCUUUUGUGACAUAACAUAAAUGCCUUAGUGAUUGAGUGCUUUAAAAGAUCACCAUAGCCACUACAGGCGUCGCUUGGCACCUCCUCUUUGUAUGCAUUCAAACCAUUUUACAGCAGUCUGACUUCUUGCGUUGGGUCAGCCAUGUGCCACUUCCCACCUCCACUAUUUACUGUGGAAAACCACAAGCUCCACUGGGUGAUCAGCUGACGCUCUCAGUCCGUAAGCUAGCCCUGCAUUGCAGGGCUUGGACUAGGAGAGCUAACAGAAGUGCUCUGUAUGCAGUAUCCGUUAGCCUUGGGUGCCACCGAAGUUUUUGUUUCGUCCAAACCAAAUGUUUCCGUUUAGUUUUCUGAACACUUGGCCAUUGUGUUCGUAGAGGAAACUCUAAAUGAAGAAUAUGUUUAACACAACAAAACUGUUAUUACCCUAUGGGCUCUAUGAGGAAAUAUUUUUGCUACACAUUUUAUUAUUUAGAGGAGUGUAUAUUCUUAUGUAAUGCUUGUUUUUAAGAAAUUGGUUAUUGAUCAUUGACUUUGUUUUUGCAUUUUAAAAAUGAGGCGGUGAGCUCUGGGGUCACUGAUAUGUGGCUUUCUUGUAGUAAAACAAGCAAACUAAGAUUACUGAAACUUUUUUUUAUUCUAUAUGUAUUUUUCUCUUUCCUACAAUUGAUUUACAUUUGAUAUAUUCUCCUGCUUUGUUGAAAGUAUCCACUUACACCUGCUUAAUUAGGGAUUUCUCCUAUGAGUAGUUCCAUAAGUUGAAUAAUGAUGACAAUCUUAGUACAUUUUUGACGACACAUAAUCUGCUACGCCUUUUGAAUCCAUAAUAAAAGAAGGUAAAUAUCUUAAAGGGACACUCCAGGCACCCAGACCAUUUCUGCCCAUUGGAGUGGUCUGGGUGCCAACUCCUUAAACCUGCAAGUGUAAUUAUUGCAAUUUUUAUAAACUGCAAUAAUUACUUUGCACGGUUAAGUCCUCUAGAGGGACUUCCAUGUUCUUAGAACACGAAAAGUGUUUCAAGCAACGCUGGACGUCGUCACUCUAUGCAUGAGGACCUCCAGCGUUGCCGGAAUCUCCAUAGGUUUUGGUUGAAUAAUGCUUUCCUAUGGGAAGGUCUAAUGCGUGUGCGGCCAUUGCCGCGCAUGCACAUUAGUUCCCCCUCUCCGUCUGACGUCGGCGGGGAAGGAGCAGGGACAGAGCCUGACCCAGCGCAGAGGGCCAUCGGCGCCGGAUUCAGGUAAGUCACUAAAGGGGUUUUAACCCCUUCAGCAACAUGGGAGGGGGUUGGGAGAGAGAGGGGCACUGCAGGGCCCUGCAGUGCCAGGAAAACUGAUGUUAUCCUGGCACUGGAGAGUCCCUUUAAGUACAGUGUACUGCAAUCAGUAGCUACUACAAUGACUACUGCAGACUGCAAUGAAUUGUAUUUGUAUUAAUCUAUAAUACAUGAAUUAACUAAAGAUGGCAAAGUACUGAGCUGUCACUGUUUAAUUACCAUUGAUGACUAUUUUAUUUUAGGGGAGAUGAGUGAGAGCAGAGCAAAGAGAGUCCGGAUAAAGGAAGUGGAUGGAUGGACUCUAAAACUGCUUGUUGAUUACGUUUACACUGCCGAAAUUAAAGUCACAGAGGAAAAUGUACAGGUAAGGUUUUACAGAUGGGUACAUUUUAUUUAUUUAUUUAUUUUUUUAAAUCACUGUCUUUACAAAUUUUCUGUUGGGAGUUUCUACAACCACUUCAUAUAUUUUUUUUUUUUAAUGGUCCUCUAGCGCUACCAUAAUUUUAAUAAGGUAAUCACCAAUUGUGGGAAAAUUUGUAAGCUUUAAAUUUAGCAUUUAGAGCCAUGUUUUUGACUAAUUUGACUAUAUCAGAAAUGAGGUUAUCACUGGUUUAACCCCUUAAUGCCAUUAGGGUAUUCUAUACUGAACCACAUAAAGUGGGCUUUAACCCCUUAAGGACGGAGCCAAAUGUACACGUUGUGAACAAAACAAAAUGUAAACAAAACCUGGCACAUGUCUGUCCAACCGUAAUUCACCUCUUUCAUAGUAAAGGCACCCACCCUUAUUAUAUAUCAUUUUAUUCAGUGGAAACAGGGCUUUCAUUUAAUAUCAAAUAUUUAGCUGUGAAACAUAAUUUAAUAUGAAAAAAAUGGGAGAAAAUAAGAUUUUUUUAAAUUUAUUUUAUUAGUUCUACAUGACAUUUUAACUGUCUGUCAUAAUACUGUUUGCUUUUACUGCAAUAAAAUACACAUUUGUAUUCAGCAAAGUCUCACGUGUAAAACAGUACCCCCUAUUUACAGGUUUUAUGGCGUUUUGGGAAGUUACUGGGUCAAAUAUAGCACGUUACAUUUGAAAUUGAUAUUCGCCAGAUUGGUUACGUUGCCUUUGAGACGGUAUAGUAGCCCAGGAAUGAAAUUUACACCCAUAAUGGCAUACAAUUUGCAAUAGUAGACAACCCAAGGUAUUGCAAAUGGGGUAUGUCCAGUCUUUUUUUUAGUAGCCAUUUGGUCACAAACACUGGCCAAAGUUAGCGUUAGUAUUUGUUUGUGUGUGAAAGAUUCAAAAAACGCCAAUUUUGGCCAGUGUUUGUGACUAAGUGGCUACUAAAAAAGACUAGACAUACCCCGUUUGCAAUACCUUGGGUUGUCUUCUUUUGCAAAUGGUAUGCCAUCAUAGUGGUAAUUUUCAUUCUUUGGCUACCAUAUGGUCUCAAAGGCAACCUAACCAAUCUGGCAAAUUUUAAUGUGAAAAAAAUGAAACACAAGCCUUAUAUUUGACGCUGUAACUUUUGAAAACACCAUAAAACCUGUACAUGAGGGGUACUGUUGUACCAGGGAGACUUCGCUGAACACAAAUAUUUGUUAGUGGCUGUCUCAUUGACAGCUGCUAGAGGCGCUUGCGUGAUUCUCACUGUGAAAAUCACAGUGAGAACACGCAAGUGUCCGUAGGAAAGCAUUGUAAAUGCUUUCAUAUGAGACCGGCUGAAUAUAUGAGACCGGCUGAAUGCGCGCGCAGCUCUUGCCGCGCAUGCGCAUUCAGCCGAAUGGGAGGAUCGGAGGCGGAGAGGAGGAGAGCUCCCCGCCCGGCGCUGGGAAAAAAGGUAAGUUUUAACCCUUUCCUCUCCCCAGAGCCGGGCGGGAGGGGGUCCCUGAGGGUGGGGGCACAUACUCAUUUUCCUGGCACUAUAGUGGUCCUUUAACUUUAAUUUGAUUUUAUUUCCAUCCAGCAGGGGGACCACCUGUCAUUACAGGCAGUCCCCCUGCUGGCAAUGCAGCAGCCAGCUAUCCCGGCCAUGUGAUUGUGAGGUCCUCGCAAGGACCUCACUUUCACAUGGCCGGGUGGGCUGCAGGAGGCUGGAUCUGCUGCAGGGGGCUCCCUGGGGGUCCCCCCAACCGCGAUCGCUGGCGUGGGAUCGCCGGCGACCGGUAAGUAAAAAAAAAAAACGGAGAGCGUACUGUUACGCCCGUCGGCGUUUAGAGCCGCCUAAAAUAGGGCGUAAUAGUUCGCCCUCCGGUAUUAAGGGGUUAAAGUCUGUAGAGCGGAAUGGUAACACUCUGCAUAUUUGGUGUGUGGAUGGUUAAAUCCUUGCUCACACCUGGGAGUCCCAGGUACCAAUCAGCCAGGGCCAGACUUUUUUAUAAGCUAUUUGCAACGCUGGAAGUCAUGCCUGUAACUAGAUUGUGGUGUGAGCAGUGUUAAAUCCCUGCUCACACCAUGAAACUUAGGUAUCAUUAGAUACCUGGUGCUCCCCUCUGUCAGUUGGGGCGGUUUUUGUGGCUCAGAUGCUACAUGCAGUGCUGAAAGUCAUAACUACAUAGCCCUUUUAAACUAUAGCAAACGCAUCAGUUAGCCAUUUUAAGCUCAGUCACAGUGAUUCUCUCACUGUAGGUAAUGAUUGGAAGACCACCAUGGUCUGGAUAGACCCUCUGUGCGCCAAUGGCAUUUUGCUCAGUGCUGGGCUUUGUUCGUUGCUCAGCACCGAUUUAAAUGCAUUGGCAUAAUUUAUUCAAUGAAAAGGAUAGCAAGCAACAUACCACUCUGUUUUAUCUUAGAUUUUAGCUACUGAUAUUAGCAGAUGGAAACCUUUGGGCCCAGUAUUAAAUUAGAGAUUAAGAAUAUGGAUUAAGAUUAGGUUUAAAUUUCAGAUGGGUUAAGGAUUAAUUUUAGGAUUGGGAUUGAGAUUAGUAUUAAGGUUAUAAUUAGGGUUAGGUAUAGAAUUGGGGAAUGGGUUAGGAUUGUUUACUAGAUUUGAGAUUAUGGUUUGUUUUAGAAUUAGGUUUUGGUUAAGGAUUUACACUGGGAUUAAGAUUGUUUCUAGUUUUUAUGGAGCUAAUCAUAGCUCCAUAAAACAUGAGUAGGACUAUAUCUUAUUCCUUUUAGUUGUCCCCUGCAAGACCAUACUACCCUAUUAUUCCUUUUCUGUCGUUUCAUACGGAUUCUACUGCUGAUCCUAUCCUGGUACCUCCAAUGUGGAAUUCCGCAGACAUUUAUGCUUAAAAGUACUCCUGGCAAGUGCAUUUUCCACACCACUAUCUUGGACCUUCUACUAUUUGGACUGUUGCUCCACUUGGACUUUAUUUUAUAUUUUUAUUUCCCUACUAUGGAUUAUUUAAUGUAUAUUCCAUUGUAUUUAUCCUUAUUGUGGUGCUAUCCAUGGCUUUUUUUCUUUUUCUGUGUUUUAUCUCCAUCAGUAGAAUAAGAGGGAUCCUUACUUUUUGGGGUUAGCUGCCGCCUCUACACUUUCUCUAGUUAGAUAUUCUAACCGUUGAUCCUACUCUUCCAGUCAUAAAAAAACUUUUAUUGUAGUCACAUUCAAAAAAAAGAAAAAAGGGACCAAUUAAGCAGUGUAUAUUGGACAAAAAAUAAAACACAGCAAAGAACAUAAAGAAUAGAACAAAAUAAAUAUCUAAAAUGAUAUAUAGUCCCAAAGUCACAAUACGAGUAGCAUACGCCUUUCGACUCUGGAGUCCUCUUCAUUGCUAACUAGUCUCUUGAAGUUGAAAAUUUGGAAAAUGCCUAGUUAAAAUAUAAUGUGUAUGCAAAAAACAUUUCAUUUCACCCUAAGCAUAAAGAUCUUGUGCUUCGAGAGGGGAGAUUUCGUCCAAGAAGGCUUUUUCUUAACAAACAAUUUUAAACUGUUUUCCAUUCAGGAAGAAGGCAAUAAGAAAUUAGAUCUUCUGAAAGUCGAUGUGCCUAUUCCACAGCUGGGCAAAAAGAGCACUCUGCCUAUUGGCAACUCAAGUGGUUGCAGGUUGCCAUGGACAACUUGACAGUAAUUAUCAUGUAUCCAUGACACAGCACGCUUGGUUGGAUUUACUGGAAAAAGUAAAUGUAUAGGUAAAUCAAAACUAGAAAUUUUCAUGGAAAUUUUUUUUGUUUGUUUUUUUUUUUGUUUGAUUUCUUGGGCAGACUCUGUCAGAAGUAUUUAAACUGGCGGACCAAUACCUGGGACUUUUUACAGUAGCAAGAAAGGCUGUCUGUGGACUCUGCAUCCAAGCAUGCCUUAUGUGAUAUGCCAUUUGAACGAGGGGGGGGGGAUACUUCAAAAAGAGAAAAAGGAUCAUUGGAGAUUCUUCAAUAAAAAUAGAUCCACUUGCAGAUAAUCAUUUUGCAGGACCAGUUCAUCCAGCUAUCAAAGACAACCAUUUGAUUACAAAGGCAAGUUUGUGGGGAAAAUGGCACAAUAUAACAGACAAAUGGGUCCUUUCUCUGUUAAAGAGUAUAGAUCGAAUUCAACAGUCCUCCUCAUAGUGUGUUCUGUUGUCCACAGUUCAAUCUCCUAUCGUUUCAGAAAAUAUCCAUCUAGAAUAUCAAAACCUGGUCCAGCCACGCAUAUCACCAUAGAAACGGACUGCUUGAGUUUCUUUUUUUUUUUCUUAAAUGUAAAAUAUGCCUAUCUGCAUAUUCCAAUUGCAAGGGAAAACAGAUUUGUUUGUUUUUUAUUUCAUAUUUCACUAAAAGGCUAGCUUGUCUUUUACUAGCUAAUGACACUUCCAUUUGGUCUUUCUUCAGCUCUAGGAGUAUUCACAAAAGUUCUAGUGGGUAUAUUCAAAGUUCCUUUCGGAAGGCCUUUCAUCCAGGUUAAGAGAAAACAUCCCUGUUACUACAGACUUUUUAGCUGUUGGCUGAUCCUCAAACUUAAAGGGACACUGUAGUCACUAUAAGCAUUUCAUCUCUUUGAAUUGGUUUUAGUGCCUGGAGUGCUUUGGCACUGUCCCUCCAUUCAGUGUUGCACCAUGUUUGUGCAGUAUGCCACAAAAUAAGAGUCCCUGGCCACCCACAGUCUGGCCCCUUCAGUAUGUGUAGCUAAGGCAGAGAUUACACACUUCCUUGUUACCAUUCAUGCCAUCAGUUGGAGCUCUGACAGGUUAAAAGCAGUCAGCUGACACUCUCAGCCAAUCACAACUGCCUUUUGCUGCUCAGGCUAAUACUUUCUUAUUUGCCAAAGCAGCACAGAGGGGAUGGAUUGCCCGGGACUCUUGUUUAGCAUUAAAACAUUAAAAGUUUAAAAACUGUUCAAUGCUGAAAGAAAUGAUGGUACCAGAGGACUCCAGACACUCUAACCAGUUUAAUGAGAUGAGGCAGAUACAGUGCCUACAGUGUCCCUUUAAGAGAACUGAAAGCAGGCUGGAUGGCUCUCUUGUUUCAAACACCACCUCCUACAUCAACAUGUUCAGAUUCACUCAGACAAUGCCUCUACAAUGGAUUAACUCUUCUCUGGAGAAACUGUGCAGAGUUGCAAUAUUUAGUCUUUGACAUCAGUGCACACCAAAGGGAAUUAUCACAUCCUGGCAGUUACUCUAAGCAGGAAUACUCUGAAAAAGGGAAAUUGGUCACUCAUACAUACAUCAGACUUUUUAUGGAAGUAGUUCAUCUAUUUGGUGAACCAGAAAUAGACUUCAAUAACAGACAAUUAAGUCAAGAAAUUUUCCUCAAUCAAUGGUUCAGAAUUCAGAUAUCUUAUCGAUUUCUUGGGAUUUUCAUCUGGCAUGUCUUUUUCCACCAAUUCUUUUUGAUUCUAAGAGUUCUACAGAAGAUAGUCCACGACAAGGCAAAGUUAUAGCAAUGAUACCCUUUUGACUCAGGAGAAGUUGUUUUUCUCUCCUCCUGAACCUAUCAAACAGGUUACCUUGUCAAAACACAUCUUGGCAUAAGGAUUAGUGUAACUACAGAGCCUGAAAACCUUCAAGCUCACAGCAUUAUAUCUGAAUGGCAAAUUAUAAGGUCUUAAGUCCUGAGGUCAUAGAUAUUCUGGUUUCAGCCAAGAAAUAAUCAACUGGUAAAAUAUAUGUCUGAAUGUGGAAGUUUUUUUUUUUUUUUUUUUUCCACACCUGGUUCUUGGCUAUUAAAGUUAAUCCAGUUACAGCUCCUAUUUCAUACAUCCUGAGGUUUAACAACUAAAAUUUACAAAAUGUUAACGUCCAGCUUCUUGAAAAGUCCAAGUCUCUGCUAUUUGUAUUCAGUCAGAGUGUUGGCUUUGGAUCCUUUGGUGGCCAGAUUCUUCAGAGCAGUUUAAACUUGCUUCCCACUAUUCAGGAACUUACCUCACAUUUGAAUCUAAAUCUAGUGCUGUACGCUCUCUGCAAACCUCAAACGUUCGAACGUUUUACAGUAAUGUCAAUUAAAAGUUUUAACCUGGAAGAUGAUAUUUGUUGUAAUUGCGAUUACAUCAGCUAAGCUUCUGAGGAAAAUUCAAACUCUAUCUGCUCAUCUUGCUUAUCUUAUGUUCCAUCUGGAUGAGGUUUCAUCUGGAUAAGGUGGUGUUAAAGCUACACGCUUGCUUCUGAAGAUAACCUCUGUGAACAAAAUUAAUCAAGAAAUCUUCUUGUCUACCUUUUGUCAGAACCCUCAGAAUGAGAGAAAAUAAAUUCCAUUGUUUAGCUGUUAAAAGAACAAUUCUCUGUGAUUUAGAAAGGGCUAAGAAUUCAAAUGCUCUGAACAUUUGUGUCCUCUACCAGGGUCUCAAUAGAGGAUUAAUGGCUAUGUCACUAGCUUACGUUUAGUCUUUUUGGUCUCAUUCACUUCAUAUUAAAGCUCAUUCCACCAGAGCUGUGUCAACCUCUUGGGCUUCAAAUGCUUUCUCUACCCCUGCUCAGAUAUGCAAAGCAGCCACGUGGGCAUCUACCCACACCUUUGCAAAACAUUACAGGUUAGACAUGCUUGCCUCUGAAGACCCUGUUUUGGGGCACAAGGUUCUUGAAGCUGUUGUGAAGUGUAUCCUGCUCUUAAGGAUUGCUUGUUUAUCCCUAUUGUUGCACUGCCUCUAGUCUGGGGGCAAAAGACAAAAAUGUUACUUACCAUACAUUUGUAUUCCUUAAGAUUAGAAGCAGUGCCCUUUUUUUUUUAUUUUUAUUUAUGGUGAUAUCCCUAUUGUUUUAUCCUUACUUGUCCUACUGUGACUUGUCUUUUAAUUGUUGGCUUUCUGCAGUAGAAAGCUUGUUGCUUUAUAUAGUGAAUUUUGAUAAACACAUCUUAUAUAGCAUAUCUUUUUAUCAUUUAAAAAAUAAAUUAUAGAAUUGAAUUACAGUCUUAAAUGUGUCAAUAUAGAGCACUAUAGCUUGUUAGCUAAUCUUGCAGUAUAUCUGGGGGAUCUGGUUUGGUUUGCUGCUAAGGCUUGACAUACAGGGAGUUCCUCUUUCAUUAUAAAUGUCAAACCUGUACAUUCUUGGUGAACCAUGACUCAUUAGUAUACUCCUAGUGUACCUAUAGGUAUUUUUGACAUAAUAGCAGCUGGGAAAAUAUUUUGGGAAUGCCAUUAUAAUUAUAAAGCUGCAAGGAAAUCUAUAAACAGAGCUUACUAAACCAUAUUUAAAGUAGGGUGUGUGGGAAAGGCAGGAUUUAAUGCUGCUGUUUCUAGUUUCUUCAGAAGGAAGCAUUCAUCGAGGCCUUUUCCUGGACUGAUUGUGUGGGUAAAGUUCACACAACACUUUUUAAGGCCAGAAAGAUAGCAGAAACCAAAUCAAAUGAUUAAAAUAGUUUUAUUAAUAUAUAAUAAAUAGAAAUGCUAAAAUAAAAGCAAAGGCACAAUGUGUGACUUUGUGUAUUCCAUCCAUGCGUUCCUGCAGUCCGUUGUUUAUAUCAAUACUAGUCCACAGGAUGAGUCUGUAUAAUUGACUCUUUGUAAAUGAAUAUACAAUAAAGAUAAGAAGAGCAGAUUAAUACAUAAGAUUAAAAAUUAUAAAAGAACAGAUGGACAAUGUAAAAAAAAUACUAUUAAAAAAGAAAAACCCAUACAUGAACAAUGGUUACUCUUUUUAUAAAAAGAAGAAAAUAACAAAAAUAAUUAUUUUUAAAAAUUAUAUUAAAAAUUAUGCAUUUCAAAAUCUGAGUUUAAAUCAUAUGGCAUGAGGGUAUUUAAUUAAAAAAUUAACUAAAUUUCAUUCUGCCACACAAAUACAAAUCUACCUUAAUAUAUUGCCUUCUGAUGGUUGCGAAGUCGGCAAUUGCUGGCGCGUAGAAAAGCACUCAACCCCCAACAACGGCAACGUGGCUUGCCAAGCUGUUCAUUGUACUUGGUUUGUGUAUGUGUAUGUAUAUGUAUAUAUCUUUGUUGUCUUCUUUAAUUGUAUGAUUAUAUUAUAUAUUAACUAAAUCAUUUUGUUCUUAAAUUGAGUGUUUUUUUUUUUUCUGUAAGUCCAAAAAGUAUUUGUUCUCCAUGUACCUUGCAGGUCCUUCUGCCAGCAGCGGGCCUUCUGCAGCUCCAAGAUGUGAAGAAGACUUGCUGUGAAUUCCUGGAAUCCCAGCUUCACCCAUCCAACUGUUUAGGUAUCCGGGCAUUUGCUGAUAUGCACGCUUGCACAGAACUACUAAAUCAAGCAAAUACAUUUGCAGGCAAGUGUUAUGAUGGGCAAAGAUGUUCUAUUCAUUCAUUCUUCAAAAAACAUAGGAUUUGGGCUCAAAAUUGCCAUUGGCGAGUGGAAAUUCAGCCCGGUGUAUGAACUCCCCAGUGCUUUCAAUGCUGUAUGAAAGCAGCAGUUUUUCUGCUGCUUUGUAAAGUGGGGUGUAACCAUUGUAUUAUCAGUUUAUAACCCUGUAACUUACCUGCUACCUCCAAUCCUCUGAAACAAGCUAACGUUUUAUGGGAUUGAGAAGUAAUGGUAGGCUCCUCUCUCAUUUCAGACAUGUAAAUGUGCAUGUAAACAUUUAGUCAACUAAUGACAAUUGUAUCUAUACAUUGUUUGUGAAAGUAUAGCUAAAGAGUGAUUUUUAUUUUUCCAACUCCCGUAUCCUUUUUACACAUUUUUGUAAAGGCUACAAAUAGUAUGGCGUCUACAGGUUGCUACUCAAGACACAGUUCAGCUCCUAACCCCAAACAAAACAUAAAUAGCGCACACUUAAAUGGACACUAUAUUCACCAGAGCAACUACAGCUUAUUGAAUUUGUUCUUGUAAGUAGAAUCAUUCACUUCAGGCUUUUUGUCUUUUCUGUAAUGUAAACUCUGUCUUUUCAGAGAAAAUGCAGUGUUCACAUUACAGCCUAGUGAUAACGCCACUGGCCACUCCUCCGAUGGCUGCUAGAUGUGCUUCCUGGGGCAGUGCUGCACACUGAAUCCCUGCCCUCUGCAUGCAGACACUGAAGUUUCCUCAUAGAGAUGCAUUGAUUCAAUUCAUCUCUAUGAGGAGAUGCUGAUUGGCCAGGGCUGUGUUUGGCUUGUGCUGCCUCCUUGACAGUCUCUGCCAAUCCUAUGGGAAAACAUUGUGAUUGGCUCAGACCACCACUUCUGCUGAUGUCAACAAACCGGAGCAGAUCCAGCAGCUGCAGACUUGAAUACAAGUAAGAUUUUACUAUAUUUAGGGAGGAAAUAGAGGACCAGGGGGGCUAAAUGGUGGUUUUACCACUAUAGGGUCAGGAAUACAUGUUUGUGUUCCUGACCCUAUAGUGUUUCUUUAAUGUACAUUAAAAAUAUGCUAUUAUUUACUUUAAACAAUAAAAUCCCUUACACAUGUAAUAGAUUAUAUUGUGUGAUAAAUGUUAUACUUUUUCCUGAUUUGCAAUGUUUCCCUUUAUUUGGAGGAAUUUAUGAAAUACCCAGGAGGGAUCUUUUAAUGCCAAUAUACUUAGACUUAUGAGAGUGUGGGAGUGACAUUUAUGUGGAAAUCCGCGUUCAUUAUACUUUUUCGAUUGCACCAUGUUUUUGUAUGUCAUUCUUUCACUCUUAGUAUGCUUGCCAUCAAGAAGGUUUAAGUGUGUAUAUUAUUUAUAAGCACCAACAAAUUCCAUAGCGCUGUACAGUAGGUGGACUAACAGACAUGCAUUUGCCAAAAGAUGAGCUGGACGCACAGGAACAGAGGGUGUUGAGAGAUUAAGAAGUAAAGGAAGGAUGUAUUUCAUGUACAGGAAAAGUAGGUUGUUCGAACAGUGAAGGUUUAUAGUAUAUUUUUUUGUAUGUACAUUGGCUGUGCGUUAUUAGUUUUGGUUUGUGGUGAAAUCUCAGUUAUCAAUUUUUUCAAUUGUUUGGCACAGCACACUAUUUAUAUUUUUGAUUUUUCACUUGUUCAUGUGUGUUUUGGCACUUGUUCAUGUGUGUUUUGAACAUACUAGAAAUUUUAGGAUGCUUUGUGAGUCAUUUGGGGGCAGGGAGGCAGCCAUAUGCUGAUACAAUUUCUAUUCCCAGAGAUCAAUUUGAAAGAAUAGAUUUGCAAUGGUGAAUAACUUUUGGGCCUGGAAUGUAUAUCAGGACUUGAAAGUUUUGAUCCCUUCUGAUUUAUUAUUAUGUUGAUUUGCUACAUUAUUCAAUUAUAUUUAUCGUUUUCUGGAUCAAAGCCAUCAUAUUACUAUGUUCUGUUUUUAUAAUUAGUGCAUUUUGUCGAGAAGUCUGAGAGUUGAUUGCGGAAUGCCUUCGAUUGACCGAGAUCCCUUGAAAUCAGC